GGGGGUGGCCGACAAGCGGGCGGCUCUGGCAGCAGAAGCCCCCGCGGAGCCGAAGGCAGCGCAGCUGGGGCUGCUGGGCGGGGAGGGCGGCGGGGUUCCCGGGGCUGGGCGGGGGCGGGGAGAGCCGCUUUCCGAGGCGGGAAGCCUGAGCGCCUGUCGCCUUCUCUCUUCCCCUGCAGAAGCUGGCCGUGCGGAGCUGCUCGGGCGCGGUGCUGGUGGGCAGCGCAGCAGCGGGGACCGGCGGCGCCAGCGGCAGCACCAAACAUCCGGCGGGGCCGGCGCUCCUCCAAGCGCCCGCCGGCGGAGGAGGAGGAGGAGGAGGAGGCGGCGGCGGCGGCCCCAGCUCCGGCCCUCCGAGCGUGGCGCUCUCCGUGCUGCCGUCCAAGGGUCCCGUGGCCAUGGUGACCGCGCACCUGAACGGCGGCCAGCAGAGCGCGCCCAUCAACCUGCAGACCAAAGGGGGCUGCGGCGCCCGCCAGAGCCAGGUGAGCGGGGCGGGGGGGAGGGGGGCGCCGGGCAGGGGAUGCAACGGGAGCCCGAAAAGCUCCGGAGAGAUGCACACCUGUGUCUGCUUUGGAAACCCACCUUGCUCCAUAGUCCUGGAACUGUGAAACUUUGCUCACGGGCUGGAAGAUCGUUGCCAUCAGUCGCUAAUCGAUUUAUGAUGACUCAAGCAAUAAAAAUAACUCAGGUGUGGAAGUAAGGAGGUAGAGAUGCUGGAGUGAUUGGCGAGGGUGGCCGCUCAGGUCCGCAUUUGAGUACUGAGGGUUGUUUAAAAGGCUCCGGCACUCUGGGUCUCUGAGCAUACUCUGAAUAUGGCCAUGCAGUCUAGUGAACCGCUGGCCAGUCCGACCCAGUUUGGUCAAACUCUGAGUCUUCAGCUUUCCAGAGUCUUGGGCAAGACACCCUUUCAAGCCAGCUGCCUGAGAUCUAACUGAACUGGAGACCCCUGAGGCUGCAGCUUUGUAUGCAAAGUAUGUGAGGUCUUGCUUCUUCCCAGCUGCAAAAUGAAGCCCAACCUUUCCUUUGGUGAAGUGAAGCUGCGCCUCUUUGAUGGUGUAUGUGUGUUUCCCUGGAUGCAAGAUUCAGUGACAGCGAGCACAUGCAGAGUGCCUUUUGUCUCAGACGUUACAGACACGGGGUCAUGUCAAGGGUGAAGAGAAUAGAGGAGGAAGAGGCUGGAGCAAUGAGGGAGCAGGAAGAUUAUGGUAAGAAGGAACCUUCAGGCGGACAGUGAUGACAAUGGGGUUUGGAUGCUCUAAAGAGCAGCAGGGAACAAAAGGUGGGGGCUACAAAUAGGGAUGUCUGGAAACAGGAGAGCCUGCUUACAGAAAGAAGUAAUGGGUAGUCAGUGACAUGGGUUUUCCAGAAAAUUGUCCUAUGGAUAAUUUGUAUUGAAACAUUUUCUGAUGCCCUGGAGAGUGAUCUAGUUUAGCAUGUUUAUUUAACUUGCAAUUUAGUAAAGAAAGAUGUGAAACUACCAGGCUUGCCAAGCAUUUAUUUGCACUGGCACCAAUUCAUUCCUACUAAUGAACUUAAGAAAUUGACACUCCCCCCCCAUCCCAAUGUAUUGAUUAUAGAGACCUUUCUAAUAAUGCUGUUGAUUAUUCAGAGUUGGGGCUUCUGCUGAUUUUAUUCAUUUUGCUAUGUUGUUUUUAAUAUUUCCUUUAUUAUAGAGAAGCAAUUGAUACAUUUAAAAAUAUUGAUUUAAUUGAUUUAAAUGUCAGUUUCUGAUGGGUUUUCUAUCUUUCAGAGGGGAGAAUAAUGUUCAGUGUAAUUAGUGCUGUGUGUAGUGCUGCUUUUGAAUAGUCGCAGACAACCAGAGGAAUGUGAUACUGGGUGCAAAGGCCAGAUUCCAAGAUUUCCGGUGGUGGUGGUGUGGUCUUCUGUGCCUUGCUCCUCAUAACUUGGAUAGGAAGUAUAAAUUAUGCAAAAUUAAACAUGCAAGUAAUUCAUAUGCAUAAUGUAUACAGUUAAGAGAAUUCAGAUAAUCUUGGCACAGAAUUUGGUUCUUCUUUAGGUUCAAGUUGUGUUUUAAAGCACAGAGUACAUGCCAAACAGGUUGGAAUAAACUUCUGUCUUCUUGACAAUUUCUUUCUUUUGUUCCUGUCUGUUCAUAAGACUGAAAAAAAGAAUAUAGUUCAGAUCAUGUUCUGCAAGGCUUCCAGAACCAUUUGGGAAAAUAACUUUAGGAAUAUGAAAAUCCAUUUUGACAUCUGGCUAGCUAUAGACGUUUUGCAGUACACAUGUUUACAUCAGUCGAGCAUCAGUGGGCUCUUUUUAAACAAGCCAUGCAAGCCAGUACUUUUGGCUAGGCAUUUGCCUAAAGCCUGCUUUCUAGAUUCCUUAUUCUGGAAAGUCUUGUUGCAGCAUAGUGAAAUGACAGUUGUAUUAUCUCAGACAGGGAGUAGUUAACCCAAAAACCUGUGAAAUAUGCAUUGCUAUAAGUAUAAAAAGUAAAGGACUCCUGACAGUUAAGUCCAGUCGUGAAUGACUCUGGCCAAGGGAGCGACGUUUGUCUGCAGACAGUUUUUCCGGGUCAUGUAUAAGCUUAGAUGACCAAAAUGCAGCACAAAAUGUCUUAAUUUGUAUCAUCACCAUCAGUUCUUAUUUGUUUGUAUCAUCUCAGUCAGAAGAGGCUUGCAGUUUUUAGAGCAGACAUAGGCAAACUCCGGCCCUCCAGAUAUUUGGGACUACACUUCCCAUCAUCCCUGGCCUUGUCCUGUUAGCUAGGGAUGAUGGGAAUUGUAGUCCCAAACAUCUGGAGGGCUGAAGUUUGCCUAUGCCUGCUUUAGGGUGACUGCAGUGACAAGCUGGCCAAAAGCAAAAACAAACAAACAAACAUAAAACCUGAGACAAGAUGGGUGGUUGACUAUGGGUGGUUGACUCCUCAGUUCAAGAAGUGGUCAGAUCGCUUAUUUAGGGUGCUUAGUUUGUGGUGCUCCUGGAUCCAACAAUGUUCUUGUAGGUCCAAGUGACCAUCAUGGCAAGGAGACCUUUUGCCAACUUCAGUUUGUGUAGCAGUUAGGGCUGUUCCUGGGCAAAGAGAGCCUGGCCAGUGAUUCUCGCACUGGUAACCCAAAGUUUGGACACUGCAGCAGGAGCAGAGUGUGGUGACAUUACUCUUGUCAAAGAACAGCACUGCCUGGCUGUGUGCUUAAGCCAGGUUCAGUGUGCUCCUUUUGACUGUCAGGGAUUGGUUGGAUGCAGAGGACUAGUGGGAGGAACCAGCUGGGGAACCUCUAAGGGCAGAAGGCUCAGAGCCAGGGGUUGGUGGUGGGACAGUGAUGAGUGGUCAGAAGGAGAAGGUGCUGGAAACUGGAGAGGUAACAGGGUUUAGUGAGCAGGGAGAAUCUGUGUCAGAAGUCCAGGAUCAGAAUCAUAAGCUGAAGGAGGCAAGGAGGGAGGCCAAGAGGCGGAGUCCAGCUGGUGAGAGGCAUGGGCAUGGGUGUCUCCUCAGGCAAAUAACUUUUAAAAUUUCGCUACACCUUUUAAAAUAUUGUCUGACUCUGUUUUAUGGUGCUUCUUGAGACCGCUUUGUUGUUCUGCUGUUUUAAUUUUAAACUGCAGUUUUAUGAUAUUGUGUUACUCUUUUAAUUGCUUUUUAUUUGAUUCAAAAGCCACCCUGAGGUUUUAGUUGUUGUUUUUUAACUGAGCUAGAAAUUCAGUACAUAAAUAAAUAUGCUUGUGGCAUUGAAUAAGUAAUGAAAAAGUGGCAUUGAAUAAGUAAUGAAAAAGAAGAAGAAAGGUUUUAUUUGCGUUGUGGCAUUCUCAAGGCUGUAGCCACACCCACGGAAUUUGCAGUGCUGAUUUACACCAUGCCAUUCAUUAUCAAUCCUUGAAAUUUCAGAUUUGCCUAAAGGAGGGUUGUUGUUUUUGUUUUGUUUUUUUGCGUGUGUGUGGAAGCAGCACAACCCUGAUAUUGCCUUAAGCCACAGCAUGGAAAUGUUGGCUGUGUUGGCAGCUCAGCUGUUAUAUCAAGUUAUUUAGAUUUUCUUUUUGAUUAAUAAAUAGAGGCAUGAAGUACAUAUGCAAGCUACACUCCAUAAUAUGAUUCUAGAAAUGUUGCAGUAAGAACUGCUUCUCUGAGCAAAGGAUGCUGGUGCAAGCCCAGUAGGCAAAAUAUAUAGUGUGCCCAUGGAAUGGUGAGAUAAGCGUCCUUCAUCCCAAGAGCCACAUUCCAUCAUGGAGAACCUGGGUUGGCGGGGGGGGGGGGCGUGUCGAUGGUGAGCAGGGUCAGAGGCAAAAGCUGAUGGGGCAAUGAAUGUGGCUCUUACAUUAGGUACAGUAGGAUACCUUUUGGCCAAUAUAAAAGCCAGAUAGUUCUGCACACACAGCUCUCCAUUCAGGCAAGCAAGAGGAAACAUUCUAGCCUGGCAAAAGCUCUCAAGGAAGACAUGGAGAAAGGCUAACGGGGGCUGUGGCCCCAGGGAGGUGCAUGACUUAGGGGGUGAAUUUCCUCACUCCUGGUGGGUAGUUUAGAUUUCUAUAGAAUUAUUUGUUUUGUUUAAUUUCUAUCCCACCCUUCCUCCCUGAACAGUGCCUAGGGUGGCUAACAGCAUCAUUAAGAACAUAUCCAAAACCAAUGAAGUAGCAGUAUAAAAUUCUAAAGGUCUUGAAUCUUCCAAUCUCUUUCCAAAGGCCUAGACCAGGGGUUGGCAACCUAAGGCCCGGGGGCCGGAUGCGGCCCAAUUGCCUUCUCAAUCCAGCCCACGGACAGCGUGAUUUUACAUGAGUAAAACGUGUCCUUUUAUUUAAAAUGCAUCUCUGGGUUAUUUGUGGGGCAUAGGAAUUCGUUCAUUCCCCCCCCAAAAAAUAUACUCCGGCCCCCCACAAGGUCUGAGGGACGAUGGACCGGCCCACGGCUGGAAAAGGUUGCUGACCCCUGGCCGAGACAUUGUUAGUCUCUCACCUAGCACAAUGCACAGUACUUGCAUUAAACCCUCAUUUGGUGGGGUAAUACCCCAAAUCCUACACUUAUUUUUAGCAACUUAUUUGGGGCAGCUGUAUAAAUUAGUAGGUAAAUAAAUAUGGGGAAAGCAAAAUGUCACUUGCUACACAGGUAUCUUGCUAAAAGAGGUGUUGGGUUUUGGAUAUUACCCCACCAAACCAGAGGUAGAAGUAGACAUAGGAGCAAACAGCAGAUGUGACUCUUCACCAUUGUUUAGUGGUCUGUGUUCCAGCCAUGCAAAACUCAGAGAUGUCCUGUAUAUACUGUGUGUGCAUACGUGCGUGCACAUCUAGGCAAGUAACACUUAUCACAAUUAAAGAAUACAUUCCAGCUUUGCAGCAGCACUAGGAGGCACCUUGGGCUAGAGAUAAAGGCCUGGGCAGCCAUAUUUGGCACUGUGUGCCUCAGGUUCUCCACCUGGGAAUUUGCAGAAACCAAAAAAGGUUGUGACUGUGAGUAGUUUUAAUUAGCAAGCUUGGAUCCAUUGUGUCAAAAGUCAGACAAAGUCACAUUUUGUUCCGUCGUCUUGAUUCAAAAUGGCAUCCAAUCACCAACAAUGACCGCUUUCCCCACCUCAGGAACCCUUGUGCGGAGUUUGGCAAUAGCAUCUUUAGCCAACAGAGAACAGAUGGACAGACAGAGAAACCACUUUCCUAAAUACAUAGUAGAUAAUAAUUUAAUCAGUUGAAAAAAUAAAAUUGCAACCUGGUGCCUGCUUUCCUGGGGAACUUCUGAGAAGACAUAGGAUUGUUCUGUAAAAUACGUAUUGGUUUGUUGCACAGACUGGUGCACAAUCCGUAGCACAAGAUCUUACAAAAUCAGCACAGGCUUACUGAAAGCAGAUUCCAGACACUAGAUUUUAUCACUGUCCACAGUUGUUCUAAUUUUUCAGAAAUCAUUUCAUAUACAUCCAGACCCUCCAAGUGCCCCUAUUUUCCAGGGAUAGUCCCGGAUUUUCAGAAGCUGUCCCAGUUACUGAUUAUAUCCUGGAAUGUCCCGCUUUUCCUUAGAGCAUCCCUGUUUUCAUCAGAGAAAUGCUGGAGGAUAUGUAUGUAGAGACUUAAAGCAACAGAGGAACAAAUUCUCAAUUUGAUUCUUUCUGCAGACAGAAAACUGCAAGCUAUGUGGAACAUUUUGGUGUCUGCUUUCCAAUAUAGAAGUAGUCAACUGAAAAUUAAAAACAACAAAGACUCUGCUCAAGGGGAAUUUAUCCAUUUUGAUCUAGUAAUUUUUCAAUUUGUGUUUGUAGUUGAUCAUGCUGUACCAAGGAAUAAUCUUGAUUGUAUUCAUGGAUGUCAAGUUGAACUGGGAGUACCCAUUUUCAAGUCUAGUUUUAAAUUCCUUGCAAGCUAUUUUCUUGCCGUUUGAUUGAAAUAGACUUCUGAAAGGCCGUAUGAAUGCAACAAUGUGAACAACAUUCUGGUGCCAAGAAAUCAGAUUAGAUACUUCAGAGUAAAUUUGCUCAGGGAAACGUAAUUUUGAAAGUGUUUCUCAGGGCAUAUUGAUUAGCUUAAGCCAGUUUUUGAAGACUGAUAAUCUUCAGCCAAGAGUAUUCCUGUUUCUGUUCUCAGAAGAACAAAGAGUGUAUGCUUAAAGAUCUAUAGACUGGUUCUCAAUAUUUUAUAUUUAAAAGAAUUUGAAUAAGAGAUCCUAAAAUUAGGGCCCCAUUGUGAAAUGCUGCAGUGUAUUUCCAGCUCCUACUACCAGCAGGGCUCCAGCAUUGUUUUGAGUUUACAGGGAAUGGGAAUUCCAGGAAAGGGCACCUUUUUUCCCUCCCCCACUGUGCUAAAGGACUCAGGUUUGGGGCUUGACUGUCCACUGCAAUACUUAUAGCUUAUAAACAGGGUGCUAUGAUGACAGAGGGAAAGGUGAAACUGUGAUUUUUCAUAGUUUUUUUUAAUACUCACAUUAAACACAUGCCCCAGACCCUAUUUUCCACCUCCAAAUUUGUUAGUAUAAACGGCCAGCUCCCUCUUCACAAGGACUUUCCCUGCUACCCAAACCCCCACCUUCAGCUUCCUGCAUUUCAGUUGCUGUUAGUGUUCAAUAGGCACUGAAAUAUCUGUUUACAUAGAAUCAGCACCUACCACUGUAUACCAAAUUGUUUUUACCUAAAUCUCCAUGGAUCCCAUAUUCACUGGGUGCCUUCUCGCUACACCAUAGCAUAGUUUAUGUUUUCAGAAUUUAAGCUGUUUGUAGGUGGUGUUUCUUUGAGCCAUCCAUAGACAAGUAUGGUUCAAGAUUGCAUAAUUCAGUAAGGUUGCUGAAGGAAUCUGGAUUUACUAUUUUCCUGGAAAUGUCUCCUGGAUUGGAAUGUAAUUAUUUGGAAUCUGCUCCCACCCAAUAAUUUGGUUUGGGGCUAUGGAGCUCUUGACUCCCCUGUGCACCUGUCUCCAUUCACUUGUAUGGGGGGGGGGCACAGCCCCCAAAACUACUAGUGAAGAGGAAACGUAAUCCUCCUGCUGAAAACCCUGAAGACUGGAGGGUUUUUUAGUAGGGAGAUUGUACCCGUUGCUAGUUUGGGGGCUGCACCCUUUUUAAAUCUUCAUAUGCAAUUCACUGAAGACACAAAUCUCCAUAGCAGGAUUGAAAAAGAUUGUACCAUGAAAUCUUGUUGAUGUGAGGAGGAAUCUUCCCCACUGAAAAUCCUCUUUCUGCAAGUGUCCUUUGUUGGGGGGGGUUGCAUCUCCUGCUCCCCCCCCCCCACUGCCUCCCCCCCGCCCCCUAUUUACUCCUUCUUUGCAAAGAAUAGUUUUCCUUUGCAGCCUAAAAUGUCCAGGCUGUAAAACAGCCCCUUGCCACCCAGGAGUGUGUGUGUCCCUCACCGGUGCCAGGGUAUUCCAUUUGGAGAUUCUGUAAUGCAGAAUUCUGUUCAAAAUUCAGCUAGAGUGGACUUUGCCAGAUGUUGGAAUCCCAAACCAACAACGGAAUUCAAACUGUUGUGCCCAUCCCUAUAAAUUAGUGGUAGACUCCAACAUCUAAGUCAUGUAAGACCUUCUCAAAAUGGAAUAGAAGUGUUUAUCUUUAGACAGAAGGAUAUUGCACUAUUCUUAUGGUCUCUAAUGUUGUAACUCUACAAUUUUCAAAAAAAUAAUAAUACAUUGUCCUUGGUUUUAAUUAGAGUUUCCAAAGAUUACAAAAUGGCUUUGGUUUUUAUUUAUGUAUCAUUUAUUGAGAAGAGUUUAUAAACCACAAUCAAAUAAACCCUAAAGAGGAUACAUGGAAUUAAGUUUCCACCUUUUCAGAAGGUCUCAAUACUCCUGUUUUGUUUGUUUGAAGAUUUUUUACACAAGAGAAUUAACAUACUCUCGCUUAGCUACCUUUUGUGCCUGUUACUUGGCUAAUUUGCAUUCAGGAUCAAAUCAUGAAGAAUUACCUUUUGGGAGAGAAGGAUAAAAAUGUGCUAUUGAAAGAUCUGAGGCUGUGUCCAUAUUUGUUGAGCUGUGGCUUUUAAGUGAGGGGAAGACACCUCUCAAUCUAAUAGGCAAGGAGACUGUGGUGGUGGUGGUGGUUGCUGCUGCUGCUGCUGCUGUUGAGAGAACUUUGAUUGCCCUUUUACUCUAGGAAUGCAAUGACAAACUAAAAAAAGGGGAGGUGAGGCAUGUGUCAGGACUCAAAUGUAACAGUAUUUUCUCCAUCUUUCUAUGAGCAUUGUUAUAUAGCACUAUUAUCUGAGCAGCUCACAAGCCUAAAAGAGUGAAAUACAAUCGGAAUGCAAUAUGUUCUCAUUGGCUCUUAAAGGCUAAAGACAAUAAAUUCCUUACUGGAAUCUAAAGUGCCCCUGCGAUUUAACAUUUCAUAGUUUAAUUUACAUAACAUUUCCAGCAAGCUGAGAGACAAAUUGACAGCGAACGUUUAGAUUUUAUAAGUGAAGAACUGCUUAUCUGUAUGAAUGUUGAAGCAACCAGCCUUCACUAUAGUAAAUUAAGGUGGCUGCUCUUAAGACUUUGAGACAUGUUGACAUUACUCCAGACAGAAAUGGAGAAAUAUUUGGCAUUUUUGGUGAAAAAUAUAAAUUAGUUAGCAACAUGGAAAUAGGGCCUGUGUCCCAAACACCGAUAACUAGACCAUUGUGCAUUUAUAUGGCAGAGCUUAUUUGCUCAGGAUUAUCAUUUAACUUCCUAUGAACUACCCAAUACCUGAAUCUCCUAUGGGCUGCCCUCCGGCCUUUAGCUGCAGGAAAGUUCCAGCCAUUGUAAGCAGGCAUUCAAAUUUCAUCAGUGCCUGACUCCAAGAAACUAUUUAAUAUUUAUGUAAAAGUGCAAGGACAUUCUUUCUGUAACUGAGAAUUCCAACCUGCUGUCUUCACUGACAAAGUGGAGAGGAUACCUCUCCUGUGUCUGAAAUUACUGGUUGUCAUGGUUCUGUGUAAGUACACUGCUAGGUAAGAGUUUCAAAAGAAUGAAAAUCAAAAAUUUAGGUCCUUUGUUGUUAAAAUAACCACAAUAGGUAGCAAAUCUUUGAAUAUUAGAAUAAUGUAAUUUUUUUGAACAAUAGUUAACUUCCAAAGAAAUUAAUUUUAAAUGUGGAUUACUACUGUCCUCACAGGACAGAGUUGAAUCAUAAAGGAAACUUCAUUCUCCAAAUAGUCUAUGCCCUACAAUUCUUAGCAAGAAGACAUUCCCAGUUAGUGAUGGACAGGUUCAAAAAGAAUGGAUUUGGAGUAUGAACUUUCCAAGCCUGUAAUGCUAAUAUAUAUUCCAAGGAAAAGUGUCACAUCCCAAAAUGUAUCACUUCAAAUUUCAAUUGGGAAUGUUAUAUGGUUAUAUGCUGAUUUUGCACCUGUACCAUCCAAAUUCAUCAUGCUAGACACUCAAAGCAAUAAGUCAUUGCUGGCGCAUGUUCAGAUGAUGAUUAGCUUUUAAGUUUUGACUAAGCUGCCUGGCCCUGGCAAAAAUGACCUACAAGAAGCAGGUAUGGCAGAGGACUGCAGCAACCACAUAGUUGAUUUUGACUGGACUUAACUGUCCAGGGGGAUGCAGGUGGCGCUGUGGGUUAAACCACAGAGCCUAGAACUUGCCGAUUAGAAGGUCGGCGGUUCGAAUCCCCGCAACGGGGUGAGCUCCCAUUUCUCGGUCCCUGCUCCUGCCCACCUAGCAGUUUGAAAGCAUGUCAAAGUGCAAGUAGAUAAAUAGGUACCACUCCGGCAGGAAGGUAAACGGCGUUUCCGUGCGCUGCUCUGGUUUUGCUAGAAGCGGCUUAGUCAUGCUGGCCACAUGACCCGGAAGCUGUACGCCGGCUCCCUCGGCCAAUAAAGCAAGAUGAGCGCCGCAACCCCAGAGUUGGCCACGACCGGACCUAAUGGUCAGGGGUCCCUUUACCUUUUUUAACUGUCCAGGGGUCCUUUACCUUCACCUUUACAGAGAAAGAAACAAAACUGUAUUCAGUGGAGUCCCUUAAAGUUCCAUUUGCAUGGGUUCAGAACAAAAUCAGUUGGCUUUCUUAAUUCAAGAGGACAGUAAUUUGUGUCGGGAAGUUGCAAAUACUUCCAUGUUGAAAUAAUCUAGUACUUUUUUUUCCUGACAGUGGUUUUAAACCACAGCUCUUGAAUUAACAGUUACAGAAGUGUAAGAGUGAAGGUGGAAUGGGUGUGUUUUCCCCAUGAAGCAUUUUAUACUCAAAAACAAAACACAUACCUAAAAGGAAACCCCAUAAACAGAAAGUUAGGAUUCUUCUGCUCAAAUGAAUCCUAGGAAUAGCUCUUCAUUGUGUUGGUGCCAAUCAAAAUAACCCCCAUGGAGAGCUUUGAUUCACUUCAGAAAAUAAAAGAGCCCUCUUUAAAAUGGUAAUGCAUUGCAGCUGUUUCAUUGUACUUGGAGGUUGUUUUAUGCCUCAUGUAAAUUGCCAGGCUAGCAUUCAUGAAAAUGUCAAUGUUUUUAAAAGUUAGUUCUGUUUACAACUCUGGAGGCAAUGACAGAAGGGGAAUAAAUCAACUAUAUGAAGACUGAUUCUGGAUGGCUGGAAUCUCUAGUAAUGCUAAGAUGUACCAGCUUUUUGGUUUGUGGCAGGGUGGGGAAUCUCUUGAGCAUGAUCCAGUCAUACACAUACACUUUUAGGCUGCAAUCCUAUUCGUGAUUGUUCAGAUGUAAGCUCCAGUAAGUUUAGUGGGGCUUACUUCCAGACGAAUGUAUAUAGCAUUACAGCCGAUUGAUUUGGAUAAGUUUAUUAAUCACAUUAAAAUCUUUCCCACUGAAAAUAACUUGUUAGAUGAACCCUCCUCCACCUCUUAUUAAGAGCAACAGAGUAUGAGAUAUGCUUAUCCUUACUAUUCUUAUUCUUAUUUGAAUUUAUAUACUGACCUAUACCUGGAGGUCUCAGGGCGGUUCACAUAAAAAGAUCACAGUAUAUAAAAGCAAUAACCUAAUAAUACCCCCAAAAAAGAGCCACAUUUUAAAAGGGUAUGGGAUGUUGAUCAGGUCAACCAAAGACCUGGUUAAAAAGGAACGUUUUUGCCUGGUGCUUAAAGGUGUAUAAGGAUGGUGCCAGGUGAACUUCCCUGGGGAGAGCAUUCCAUAGACUGGGAGCCACUGCAGAGAAGGCCCGUUCUCGUGUUGCCAUGUUCCGGACCUCUCAAGGAGGAGACACACGUAGGAGGGCUUCAGAAGAUGAUCUCAGGGUCCGGGUAGGUUCAUAUGGGAAGAGGUGGUCCUUGAGGUAUUGCGGUCCUGAGCCGUUUAGGGCUUUAUAGGUCAAAACCAGCACUUUAAAUUGGGCCCAGUGCAGUCAAACCAGGAUCGGUUUAAUAUGCUCAAGACCGUCUUGCUCCAGUGAGCAACCUGGCCACUGAAUUCUGCACCAGCUGAAGUUUCCGAACUGUCUUCAGAGGCAGCCCUACGUAUAACGCAUUGCAGUAAUCUAACCUUGAGGUUACCAGAGCAUAGACAACAAUAGUUAGGUUAUCCCUGUCUAGAUAGGGGCGUAGCUGGGCCACCAGCCGAAGCUGAUGGAAGGCACUCCAGGCCAAAGGCCACCUGAGCCUUGAGCAACAGCAAAGGAUCCAGGAGGACCCCCAAGCUACAAACCUGCUCCUUCAGAGGAAACGUAACCCCAUCAAGAGCAGGCCACCUCCCACCCAUCUGGUCUAGGGAACAGUGUCUCAGUCUUAUCUGGAUUGAGCUUCAGUCUGUUGGCUCUCAUCCAGUCCAUUACCAAGGCAAGACACUGGUCCAGCACUUCCACUGUCUCACCUGCAGAUGUAAAGGAGAAAUAGAGCUGAGUGUCAUCAGCAUACUGCUAACAACCUACUCCAAACCUCCAGCUAACCCCACCCAGUGGUUUCAUGUAGAUGUUAAACAAUGUGGGGGGAUAGGUUUGAGCCCUGCGGAACCCCACAUUGAAGGCUCCACAGCGCUGAAAAGCAUUCCCCAAGUAACACCCUCUGGGAACAACCAUCCAAGUAGGACUGGAACCACUGCAAAGCGGUGCCACCCACCCCUAGUUCGAAGAGUCGCUCCAGAAGGAUACACAAUUUUCAGAAAUGAAAAGCUUUGGAAUUUCCCUGGUUGCCUUAAUUUUAUUGAAGAAGAAGAAGAAGAAGAAGAAGAAGAAGAAGAAGAAGAAGAAGAAGAAGACUGCCCUUCAUCUGUAGAUCUCGUGGAAAAAGGAAAAAACAAAUCAAUGAUCCCCCUCCCCUUAUCCAGUAGAGGCCACCAUAUACCUGCUGGAGAAGGUUGUAAGGCAUUUGAAUGAUUCAUAACUGGAAUGUUGAACGCUGGGUGCAUUUUGGGGGAAUUGCAGACAUUUCUACUAACUUUCUUUUCUAAGAUUUCUUUUGAAAAUAGAGGCAUGGUGGAAGAAACACCAAUCCUGAUUCAGCAGUAGUGUGUUAAAUGGCUUUGGUUCUGAAGCUCUACCGUGGUGUUGAAAAACAUAUUUGGCUUGAGAGCAGUACAUGUGAAAAGGAUCUAGGAGUCUUGGUUGACCACAAACUUGACAUGAGCCAACAGUGUGACGCGGCAGCUAAAAAAGCCAAUGCAAUUCUGGGCUGCAUCAAUAGGAGUAUAGCAUCUAGAUCAAGGGAAGUAAUAGUGCCACUGUAUUCUGCUCUGGUCAGACCUCACCUGGAGUACUGUGUCCAGUUCUGGGCACCACAGUUCAAGAAGGACACUGACAAACUGGAACGUGUCCAGAGGAGGGCAACCAAAAUGGUCAAAGGCCUGGAAACGAUGCCUUAUGAGGAACGGCUAAGGGAGCUGGGCAUGUUUAGCCUGGAGAAGAGGAGGUUAAGGGGUGAUAUGAUAGCCAGGUUCAAAUAUAUAAAAGGAUGUCACAUAGAGGAGGGAGAAAGGUUAUUUUCUGCUGCUCCAGAGAAGCGGACACGGAGCAAUGGAUCCAAACUACAAGAAAGAAGAUUCCACCUAAACAUUAGGAAGAACUUCCUGACAGUAAGAGCUGUUUGACAGUGGAAUUUGCUGCCAAGGAGUGUGGUGGAGUCUCCUUCUUUGGAGGUCUUUAAGCAGAGGCUUGACAACCAUAUGUCAGGAGUGCUCUGAUGGUGUUUCCUGCUUGGCAGGGGGUUGGACUCGAUGGCCCUUGUGGUCUCUUCCAACUCUAUGGUUCUAUGAUUCUAUGAUAUUUAAGUUAAUUGGACCAUUGUAGUGGAAAACAGACUUUGGGGCACUUGAGAGCUAAAAGGCAGUAUCUAAAUUAUUUUAUAAAUAAAUAUAAAUUACAAUCUUCUGUUUAAAUUUCAUUUUAACACAUUACUAGCUGAUAAGGGGGCCAAGCUACAUAGUGCAUGUUAUAAUCCUCCAUGUUUUACAAUACUCUGUGCUUUUAAAUUUUACUUAUUUAUUUUAUUAAAUUUACACCCCUCUUGAUUGUUAAGAAAAACCUCAAUGCAAUUUACAAAAAUAUAAAAACAAUAAUUUCGAGAGAGAAAACCACAACCCUGCUUUUAAACAUACAAAAGUUAAAAUACUAAAACAGGUUAAAAUUACCUCAGCUUUCUAAGCAUCUGGGUAGGCUUGUCUAAACAAGAAUGUUUCAGCAGGCACCAAAAAGAGCACAUUGCUGCUUGAUCUCAAUAGGUAGGGAGUUCCAAAGUUUAGUGUGUGCUGACAAUACUAAAUGAUCAAGUCCUUAGAAAUGCGGAACCGGUAUUAUGUGGCACCUGUUGUAGUGUCCAUUAUAAAUCAAAAGCAGCCUCAUCAGACUAUGAAACUGAGCAGGAGGAGGAUGGACAUGGAAAAGCUUCAGUCUGGGAGUUGCCUUGUACAAUUUACGUCACAGAACAAACCACUUGUUCCCAUCAUGAGGGGGGAAAGUGCAUGAGCAAAAGAGCACUAUAUAGGCAAGUAUGAUGGGGCAGACAAAAUGCAGUACAGUGGUACCUUGGUUUACGAAAUUAAUCCGUUCCGGAAGUCCGUUCUUAAACCAAAGCAUUCUUAAACCAAAGCGUGCUUUCCCAUAGCAGCGGGGACUCAAUUUACAAAUGGAACACACUCAACAUGUUCUGCUUCAAAGGCAAAUUUCACAAACCAAAACACCUACUUCCAGGUUUGCAGCAUUCUUAAUCCAAGUUGUUCAUAAACUAAGCUGUUCUUAAACCAAGGUACCACUGUGCUGAGAUGCUGGGUGGUAGUUGUCCAGAGAUACGUUGCCUAAUUGAGGUUUGGUAGAGGCAUUAAACCAGUAAAAGAGAGAGAUCCCAGGGUGUUCGUUGAGAGUUUGGCAAUUCUUUCAUGGAAACCGAUUUAGAUUGUAUGGUUAUUGACAGCAGCAUCUUUGCAGACAAAGAACGGAAGUGUAAAGAUCUGUACAAUUCCUUUGUUGAGGAGAACUGUACCUCAUUUGAACCACAGGGAAAAUUGCAUCUCUUCUGUAUGCCAAGAAUGGUGGGGAUAAAAAUGCUAACUUAAAGUACCUGAAGAAAAAUGUUCAACUGUUUUCAAGGCUUAUGGUGAAUUGGGAUCAUGACUGUAAAGCAGUUCUUUAAAUAUGAGAACUGACUUUUUCUUACGGUGCUCUCCAGUUUCGGUGAAGAAGUAGCUAGUGUCACUUUUAGCAAGGAAGCACAUAUGAUCAGAAUCAACCGAUCUAUUGAAGUUACUGAGAUACCAUUGUGUACAAGGGAGCAACUCCUACUCAUGCUUUGAGUCACACAAGCCAUGCAGAGAGUUGCCUUUGACAUUUUCCAGCUUUAUAUCUGCAAAAACAUCAUGGAAGCAUCUUGACAGGUUGAUCAUAAUAUUUCCAUCCUCGGCUCCCAAAGGGGUUUCCUGCCCAUGUUCUCAGAUAUUGGGAAUGCUACUCAAAAGCUCCUGGGGUUCCAGCCCAAUCCCAGAGACAGUAAUGGCGGUCGCAGAAGCUGUAGGGGCCACCACAGCCCCACUGGGUUGUGUUCUGCUGCCCCACUGGAAUACACAAAGCCUUGAGAUGAGAGCAGAGCUCCUGAGGGAGGGAGGACCUGACCAGUGUACUAUACUAUAAAGUGUACUAUACUAUAAAGCAGUGGUCCUCAAACUUUUUACUCUGGGCCACAUUUUCAGAAGAAAAAAUUGCUUGUGCCACACUGAAUUUUGAAAGAAGAGGAAACCACUCCUAGCAGAGCUUGAUUUAUAACAUAGUGCACAGCUAUUUUAUCAUAUCAUCACGGGACACAGAGAAAUUAUGAAACAAUGGAGCUACAUAUGAGCAUGAAUCAUUCCCAAAAUGUAAUCACAGUUGUAACUUGGAUCCCUGACGCCUUGCGACCCAAACAUUUUGGCUCCCGAAUGCUCCCGAACCCAGAAGUGAGUGUUCUGGUUUGUGAACGUUCUUUGGAAACCAAAUGUCGGACGCAGCUUCCGAUUGGCUGCAGGAAACGCCUACAGCUAAUUGGAAGCCGUGCCUUGGUUGUCAAAUGUUUUCGGAAGUCGAAUAAACUUCUGGAAUGGAUUCCAUUCAACAACCAAGGUACGACUGUAUAAACAAGCCUCUUACAUAUGUACGCAAACUCAAUGAGAGAAGCAAGCUUGCUUUGGCCAGGUAAUCUUAUUUAUAUAGGUCUAAUUUGAAACAAACGAGGUCUCAUCUCUUCAACACUUUCUCUUUUCUGAUCUUUCACAUUUGUCAGAGUUGAAAAUCCCCAUUCACAACAAUAAGCCAUGGGGAACUGUAAAAGAAUAGCUAGCUGUGAUGUAAUUUGUGAUAUAAUCAGCUAAUGCUCCUGAAGAGAGGUGUGGAUAUUAUACUACACUACACUGAAAUGUUUAAAUGUUUUUUUGGUUGCCCUUGAAUCUUCUUGCCACACCUUUUGAGAACCGCUGCUGUAAAGAAUUUCAACCCUCAAUAGACUCCAAAUUAGUAUUGGAACAACAUAAAUCUUAACAUAUAAAAGCGUUUAAGUAGAAAGCAAACUACAGUGGUAAACUCUGGAUGCGAACGGGAUCUGUUCAGCCCAUUGCAUCCUGAGCAGAAUGCAACUGACGCGUGCGCAGGUCGCGAUUCGCCGUGCAUGCACAUGAUGUCAUUUUGAGCGUCUGCACGAGCAGCGAAACCUGGAAGUAACCCGUUCCAUUACUUCCGGGUCGCUGCAGGACACAACCUGAAAAGAUUUAACCUGAAGCUACCUUAACCUGAGGUAUGACUAUAUACAUAAGAUUGAAUAGUAACAUGGAAACUUUCAAUCCAAAAAUUAGCAAAUGAUCAUGUUUCUAUAAAUUUAUCAGUUUGAAUUUUGCUUAAUCACUCAGAUUCCAUAAGGCUCCAUGGGUGAAUCGUGUCCAGAGGAGGGCAACCAAAAUGGUCAAAGGCCUGGAAACGAUGCCUUAUGAGGAACGGCUAAGGGAGCUGGGCAUGUUUAGCCUGGAGAAGAGGAGGUCAAGGGGUGAUAUGAUAGCCAUGUUCAAAUAUAUAAAAGGAUGUCACAUAGAGGAGGGAGAAAGGUUGUUUUCUGCUGCUCCAGAGAAGCGGACACGGAGCAAUGGAUCCAAACUACAAGAAAGAAGAUUCCACCUAAACAUUAGGAAGAACUUGCUGACAAUAAGAGCUGUUUGACAGUGGAAUUUGCUGCUAAGGAGUGUGGUGGAGUCUCCUUCUUUGGAGGUCUUUAAGCAGAGGCUUGACAACCAUAUGUCAGGAGUGCUCUGCUGGUGUUUCCUGCUUGGCAGGGGGUUGGACUCGAUGGCCCUUGUGGUCUCUUCCAACUCUAUGAUUCUAUGGUUCUAUGAUUCUGUGAAUCAACCUAAGCAGUCCCCUUACUCCUAUGUAAGAAGUACAUAGGGGAGUUGGGAACUAUCACCACCAAAUCAAACCUUGCCAAGAAAAGUAAGCUCACAAACUUACAGAAACAUGUUCCUUUGUAAACUUUUGAAAUGAAAAUUUCCAUGAUAAUAUUUAACUUUAUGUCCUGUGAAAAUGCAUAGUUUGCUUUUCAUUUAAAUCCCUGUAUAAGUUGUAAUAUAAGUAAUAUAAAUUGAAAAUCAACACACUAAAAAGUUUUUUGUCUGAUGCAGAUUGCUGUAGUAUGUAGCAGAUUUCUUUUAAAUCUUUGAAAACGCCUGGGUUAAAUUCUUUUCAGAAUUGGGGCCUGAACUGGUGAUUUCUUUUAAGAGACAUCGAUAUGUUAGUUAAAACUUGAAAAUCACGUUCACAUUUGUGAUAAAGAGGAGGGAAAUGUGGCUUUCCACAUGAGGGAAAGGAUGAGGGAAAUGUGGCUUUCCACAUGAAAGGUUGUGUUUUUUUUCUGUGAAUAAAAAUAGUUGCAAUGCUUGUGGAAAAUAAAGCUUUCAAAACAAAGGGUGAUCACUGAGUUCAGUUCCUCAAGUUUUUAAAAGUCAGCUUACAUUUAAAGGUUGCAUUUAGCACUUGGCAUUUAUAUAAAUCAAGCUCAAGGUUGAAUUCUCUGUUCGUUGCAAAAUGAAUGUAGAAUGGGUUUUUUUAAAUAAAAAAAAACCCACAACAAAACCAAACACCCUGCAAUUACUUCAGUGAAUAUCCAUUCAGGUUAAGAAUUUUCAUCUUUGCUGUUGCCAUAGUAAUCUGUUCCCCUGUCAGUACCACAUUACAAUCCAUUCUGUUUCCAAUAUUGAACAUGUAGCAGACAAAAACAUCUUUAAAAUAGCUUUAGGUGUCUUUGCAGCAGGAAGCAGUAUUUGCUUGUAGAAAUGUAUACAUACUUUGAGAAAAUGAUUAGCGGUCACAACAUCAGAUUUUUACUACAGUUAUUCAUGAAAGGUAAUUUUAACAAUCUCUUUUUUUUUACUGUGGGGAAACACCCUCAGAGAAAGCAGAUUCAUAUACCGGUAUAUAUUUUCAGUAACGGGCUGAUAAUGAAAAAGUUUGGGAACUAACAGCCCCUUAACCCUUUGGCAGGAACUGUUUUCUUACACCAUUGCUGAUUAUUAUUUGGUGCAGUGAGGAGCACGCUGCUUUUUCCUUGAAAUGGAUUAGGUUUAAGCAAAAGAGGCACACUAAAAUUUAUCUACUGUUGCCUUCAGCCAUGACUUGAAUUUCCAUCUUGUAACUGUAGAGAAUACAUAAUCAGUACUAAGUUAUUCCUCUUUUUUUUGCACCUGAUACUAAGUUUAUUCUUGAAGUAACUGGAAAUUUUAGGAUGAGGAGGGAUUUUUUCCAUUGUAUUCUGAUAUCUGUCUUUUUUAUAUGUCUGGGUACAUUUUUGUAUUUGCUUAAAUUUUAAGAACAUUCAUAAUUUAAAAAACUUGUUGAACUGGGCAGUAUUCAAGCGCUCAGUUUUUUAAUGUCUAUGAACAAGUAAGCAUGCUGUUGGAAAGAAUAAUAGAAUCAAAUGAGUUUUAGUUUACUUUCACUUUGUUACACAAUAUAAAACAUUUCCUUUAUAUUCCGUACAUUCAGAUAUUUUGAAUUUUUUAAACCUGUAGUUGCUGUCAUUUUAGUGUUUUCAUCAACUAUGGCUGUAAUACUGAUGUUGAAUCAGCUACACUGAACUCACUGGAACUUGCUUCUAGGAAGACAUGUAUUGGAUCACACUUUGAUUUUAGUGCUUUUAUGUUUUGUUAGCUGCCGUAGGAGCUGAACUUGUGUUGUGUAAAUGUAAUAAACAGAUAAAAAACUAAUUAACCUAGAGUAGCACUCUGUCAUUUGUGCCGCAUUUGCUUCUUUCCCCUUUCUUGUUCUUUGAGGGAUUUGCACUGACUUGAAGGAGCUGGUGCUGUCUGUAGCACCAAAGUCCCUUCCUUCCAAUUCCAGUACGCUGGUGACACCCAGCUCCAUUUCUCCUUUCCACCUAAAUUCAAGGACUCUGUUCUGAACCUGUCUCCCAUCAGUAAUGGACUGGAUGAAGGGGAACCAGUUGAAACUUCAGACAAGGCAAAGGUCUCUUGGUCAUUUGGAAGGCAGAACAGGGAAUGGGGAUUCAUCCUGGGCUGGAUGGGGAAACUGACUCACAUGCUGAAGACUGACUCCCGUGGGCUUGCUCCUGGACCCUCAGAAUGGAUGCUGAGUUCUCUGCCGGGGUCAGGAGUGCAUUUGCACAGGGAAAACUAGGGUGCUAGCCUUGAGAUGUCUGAUUUGGGCACAGUGAAACACGCCUUUGUUUGUUUGUUUAAUGUCUAUCCCACCCUUCAUCUAAGGAUCCCAGUGCAGUUUACAAUAUAAAAACAUAAAAAUACAGUAACAAACAAAAUAGUAACAAACAAAAACAAUACCGCCCCCACCCUAGUUAAAAAGGCCGUAGGUCAGUGGUGUCCAAACUUUUUUUCAAAGAGGGCCAGAUUUGAUGAAGUGAAGGGCCGUGAGGGCUGACCAAAGUUGUUUUUAGGAUUUUACCCCAAAGUUGUUGAGCUUUUUUUAGGAUUGAAUUUGUUGAGUUUAGGUUGAAUUUAUUGAGGUUUGGAUUUUACCCCAGGAAAUAAACUGCCACAGGGGCUGGGUGGGCCCCGAAACAGACUUUGGACAUGGCUGCCGGCCCCUGUGGCAGUUUAUGUCCUGGGGUAAAAUAAAAUAAAAAGCCCUCAACAAGUUCAAUUCUAAACUCAACAUGUUGAUUGUUGAAUUAGCCCAAGGCCUGGGAGAAUGUUUUUGCCUAGUGCAGACGAAGGCACCCGGCGGGCCUCCCUGGGGAGAGCCUUCCACAAGCUCUCUAGUUACAUCCCGUUUGGAUUACUGUAAUGCACUCCAGGUGGGGCUCCCGAAACUUCAACAGGCUCAAAGAGCUACAGUCAGAUUGCUGACCAGGGCAGCGAUCCCUCUUGCUGUUCUGGCUUCUGGGAUAGCUGCGCAGCCUGCAUUUGCUCCAUAAGACGCACACACAUUUCCUCUUACUUUUAGGAGGGAAAUGUGAGUCUUAUAGAGCAAAAAAUACGGUAAUUGUUUUUAAAUUAUCAUUUCCCCUUUAUUUUUAUCUGGAAGCUGCCUCAAGUUCCUGUUAGGGAAAAAGUUGAGGUAUAAAUAAAUAUAUGAAAACUAUAAUGGCAACAACAGGAGGAGGGGAAGGAAAUCAUGCUACCGGCACAAGAUUGUGGUUAGCACAGUUCUAAAGGUGUAGUGCAGGUUUUGUAAAAAUAAUAUAUUUAGGCAAGGCUCCAAGCUGUUAGUUUCAGCCCAGAUAUAUUUAUGUUUUGAAAAAUCUUAAGUACUUCUUAAAACCAAUGUAUUAAAAUAUGUAUAGGGAAAAUAUUUGAUAUAUGCUCCUUUUUUAUACUUUCAGUUUUGACAUCUGCAGUUUCCAAACAGUUUCUGCUUGGGAUUAUUUUGAUAGUGUCCUUCUACGCUCCACUACCAUUCGCCCUUCUAUCUUUAAAGUGCACGGCAAUGUAGAUAUUUCAAGGGGUCAGUAUUGACUGCAUGUAGGCUGCAGAUAGAGAAGAGAUUUUAAGUUAUCUUUUGAUUUUAUAGUCCUUUUUUAUUAAAAUGCUUAGUGCUGUAAAUGUAGUAAUAAGAAACUCAUUUAUCUUGACGAAAGUGCUGCUAUAAACUAUUCUGCACUCAUAAAAUAACCUUUUAAAUUAUUGUUUCUGCUGGUAUCAAUAAAUUCAUACAAAGUGCUUAAAGGUCAGACGUUGCCAGAAAAAUGUCUUUUCAGCUUGUUAAUUAAAGGUUCAUAAGAAUGUGCACAAGUUUGCUCCCUUUGACAAAUGUUGAGGAGAGGAAAAAUAUGCCUAUUUUCAGAAACGUAAAACAGAGGUGGAAUGGCAGCAAGGAAUGACAAAAAGCUGCAGUUGAAAUGACUGACAUGAGGGAAGUGCCUACAUUAUUCAGGUUGCCAGGUGGGGGUCAGGCAAGAUGGUGGCUGUUAACACUCUCCACGCCCUUCUGGGGAUGGGACAUGACUUGACGUUCUGUUUGAUUGCAUUCGGAUAUUGCCAAAUGCUCUCUGAACUUAAGAAUGCCUGUGUAGGUGUGUUCCAGACACCAGAUACCUUGGGCAAUGAUGUCCAUGGAAAUGGGUCAGCAGGACCGCAUCUGAGAGUAGCCUGAGAUCCAGUCUGAGCAAGGGCACUCCAUAGAGCACCCUGAAGAAGAGGAUCUGACACCAGAUUGAGGCUGGAGGCUCAGACUUUUUAGAUGAUGGGGCAGGCUCACCGUGUUAGGCUGCCAUGAUGGUGCUGUGUAGCCUUUUUCUAUAUGCAUCCCAGGAAUUCUUGGGACCAGUGAUGGUUGAGAGUAUGCUUGUAUGUGUGGAUGAAAGUGUGUGGGUGUAGAUUGAUGGAGGUAUGGAUAUGUUACUGCAGGAAUAGCCAUGGGGCUCCUGUCAUUCCUGACCAUUGGCCAUGCUGGCUGGGACUGAGGUCUCACCCUCUGAUGGUUCCACUCCGGAAAAGGCAUUUGGUUGAUAAGAAGUUAGUUGCUUGAUCUUUCUGAUAUAUUUAGUGCACAAGGUACUGUGUAGGUAAUGUUCAGUGUUAUUGGUGUGUUUGAUUUGCUUCUUUCAUGAUGUUAUCGGAGUUCGCUGCCCAGCUCUCUCUGCUCUUUGCUAUUAAUAGUUUUAUUGAGGUACUAUUGGUUUUAAAUGUGUUAGCUGUCUUGGACAUUGCUUAUGGAAGGGUGGGGUACAAAUUGUUUAAAUAAUAAACAAGUAAAGAAGGGGGACUGGAGGGGUUCAGUCACACCUACCCAAAAAGAGACGCGCACAAAUGCUGGGUGCUCACCUUCUCUCACCCCAGAUGGUUCUCCUUUCAUGCUGAUUUUUUGCUGCUUCUCUGCCCUUCAAAGUAUUAUCAAUCUGUUGUGUCUGUUUUGGACAAAUGUAGGACUAUAGCGCUUAUUAUGCCUGGGGUGGGGGAUCAACCAUAGUGGUACAAAAAAGAAAUAAAGGUGAUUUGGACUGUGCAGUCAUGGUUAGCACUGCACACAGAAAAGGGUUUGUUGUCUUUGCAGGUGACGCCACUCCAAAAAGGACCCUGCAGGAGUUGGUGUGAAGAGCCAUCCGGGUCUCAUGGCUUUGUAAUGGUUUUCCUGAAUAUAAUCUCUUCCUUAUCCUGUGAGGCAGUGGGACUGAAAAAAGAUUAUAUUUCAAAUUUCAGCAUGCAGCUUCAGAGUAUAUUUUCAGAGUACUUCAGUAUAAAAAUGGUGGCAUCUUAUCCCAUAAUUUUAGUUUUUAGUGUUGCAUUCUGGGCAACUUCAAUGCAAUGUGGGAGUGCAUUAAUUCAGAGUUCUGGCCCUUUUGUCUCUACUCUUUUUCCUUUGACCCUGCGUAUUGAGGACUUUUGUUUCCUCAAUAAAAUAAAGUGAGUUAAGCUAACACGUUGCAGCAAAAACUGCUUUGAAAUUCUUAUGGGAGACUAACUGUAUCUGCACUCCCUGUUCUUCAUGUAAAUAAUUUAUUUAGUGCUGCCAGAAUGCUGACAAAUGAAUUAUUUUGAAAGAAAUAUGAAAAAACUAAAUCCCAGCACACAAACUAAAUCUAGUUGGCCCAGAAAGCAGCAGCACAGCUUUUCUCUGGUACUAAACUUAAGGAACAUUACACCAAUAUUAGAGCUCUGCUAGGUAUCAGUUGAGUUCCGUAAAACAUUUAAAAUACGGGUUUAAACCCAAAAAAUAAAUCCUAGACAACCUUGGAAAUACCAUAGGAAAUGCCUCCUUUACACUUAAGUCUCACCCCUCCCUGAGUUGAGAGCCGUAAAUGGACCUCUGAAGUAAGACCAGCUUGAUACUGAGUCCAGUCCAGUCCUAAAUGGGGCCCACACACCCCAUGAUAUUAUCUGCAUCACCACCUACCUUUUCCCAAACUUACCUCGGUGGAGAAUAAAUCUAGAGAGGGCUUCAGCGCGCCACUCUUCUAUCAAGGUGUGAAGAUUUUAUUACAUAGAAUCCAGAUACUGUAGCCAAAUUAAGAUAGGUAACAUUAAAAAUCAAGAGAACGUGGGAUUUCCACUUUUGCAGCAUUUCAUUCUUUCAACGUGGGCUUGCAUUGCCUUUGAAAAAUUUAAACCAUCAAGCUUUAAUAUUAAGAGGCUGAUAAACAUUAAGCAUGUAUCGUUCGGUACUAAAAAUUUCAUAACUGAAGAAUACCAUAAUUUGUUUUCAUUCUCCUGAGAGGCAGCUACAGUACUCUGAACUUCUUCAGGGAAAUAAAUCGACAGUGUUUUCUGAAAGCGUAGGUGACAGGACUAAUGAUAGCUUCAUUGGAAAACACAGCCAGCACUCCUAGUCCACAGAUACUAAGAGAAAUGAACUUGGCAGUACAAUGAAGCUGUCUGGCUGUUCCUCUCCCCUUCAGCUCCCCUUUUUUAUUAUUUUUGGCCUCUGUGUGUGUGUGUUUAACAAACAAGCAAAGCUUUUGCUGUUUUAUAGAGCUAACCCAUGGAUGCAACUCAUGAUCAAACAGUUUCUAGGGUUAUGAGUUGUGCCAGAUAAAUGCAACAUGGAAUUGGGGAAAGGAGGCAACUGAAGAAUAGAAAGAGGAUAUUUGAUACAUUUUCUGCUUUUUAUUAAAACUAUUAAAUAUUGGUAAUUUCUUCUGAUUAGAUGUGAAACAAGGAAAGGUGGUAUGUGUCUCUUAGAGUUGCAGCACACAAAAUAUUUCUUAUGUGGAUAUCACUUUUGUGUUCUGUGCCAUUGCAUCAGGUGAAUUAACACAAGUCUGUUAUGUGGUACAGUGGUACCUCGGUUUACAAACUUAAUCAGCUCCAGAAGUCCGUUCUUAAACCAAAACCGUUCUUAAACCGAGGCGCACUUUCCCUAAUGAGGCUUCCCGCCACCAGUGCCCUUCCACCAUUUGGAUUCCGUUCUUAGACCGAGGUAAAGUUCUCAAACCAAGACACUAUUUCCAGUUUUGCGGAGUUUGUAAAUGAAAUUGUUCUUAAACCAAACUGUUCUUAAACCGAGGUACCACUGUAUUAGAAUACCACAGACACCCACAAAAAAUCAGGAUUUUCUCCUACAGUGAAACAGACUUAUGUGAUGCUGUUCUUAUGUGUGCAGUACACAUAUUUUCCUAUGUGAAAAUGAUACACAAAAAUUCAUACUGUGUGAGGCAGACAUAAAAAAGAUUAAGAAUUCAAAAUGCAGCAUUCCAAUGGAAGUAGUAUUCAUGUUUUUAAACUACAGUCUCUAUCUGAAGGAAUCCUUUAAAACAUAUGCAGUUCAGAAAACCAUAAAGUUUGGCUUUCAUUUGUCUAAUCUGAACCAGCCCUUCUUCUAGGAAACUUAUGGUGGCAGGCAGGGGGUUUAUUCUUUUUUUGUCAUUACAUCACCAAGUGAAGCCUGUGGAGCUGGGCCUUUGGAUGGAGCCUUCUCAGUGAUGGCACUCCAGCUGUGGAGUAUCUUUGCCCCUGACUGGCACCAACUUCAAUUAGUUUUCAGUGCCAGAUAAAAAAUGACAUCUUCCUCCCGGCCUUUGGAAAUGGAGGAUGAUUUAAAGAAGCCACCUGUUAGCCACCUGGUUUGUCUUAGGAAAGAACAGAGGGAGAGAACUUAACACCACCAUGCUGGUUUUAGAAUCAGAGAAUUGUAGAGUUGCAAGGGACCCCAAGGGUCAUAUAGUCCAACCCCUGCAGUGGAGAGAUCCUGCCCACAGAUGUCCUCAGGUGACUUGAACCAGCCAUCUUCUGAUUAAGUGUGUCACAGAGAGCACCAAAGGUUUCUUUUGACUUUAUGGUGUACGGUGGUACCUUGGGUUACAUACGCUUCAGGUUACAUACGCUCAGGUUACAGCCUCCGUUAACCCAGAAAUAGUACCUUGGGUUAAGAACUUUGCAUCAGGAUGAGAACAGAAAUCAAGCGGCGGCAGCGGGAGGCACCAUUAGCUAAAGUCGUGCUUCAGGUAAAGAAGAGUUUCCGGGUAAGAACAGACUUCCAGACCGAAUGAGGUUCUUAACCCAAGGUACCACUAUUUUUAUUGUUGUGACCUUCCCUGGAUCACUUGAUGAUAACGGUGGAAUAUAAUAAAAUAAAUAUCCUUUUUAUCUUCCUAACAACCCUAUGAAGCAGGCUAGACCCUGAGCAGCGGCAGCUGUCCCAAAGCUGCAGUGAGGUGAAAACAGGCAUGCAUGACAACUCUCUUUGGACCACUUCAAAUCCUGAAAAUUCAUUUCUUCUGGCAGGCUUUGGGAACCAUUGCAGCUGUGCCGAUUACAGUUCCUCAGGUGAGCUCCUUGCAGAGGUUGGCAGGACAAAGACCAGCAGUGCUACCUCAGGUAAAAAUACUGUUUUCGUGAAUUGUGUGCUUUUAUUAAUGGGCUGUGUGUUCUGAUAUUCAGAGAGUAAAUCAUUUGUUUAGGUACCAGCAAGUCAACCCACUUAAUCGUCCGGGCAGCCAUUCACCCAAGGAAGCAAGCUGCAAACACAAACAGUCCUAGCCAAUCCUGCAUGUGCAAAAUCACAAAUAGUAUUUCUGUGUGUGUGUAUUAAAGCAAGAAAAGUGACUGAAAGCAAACAGGGGCUAACAUCAUCAUCAUCAACCACAACAAAUGUACACAACAGGAUAGUACAACAAAAAUAGAAGACUGAGUAUGCUUUUAAACACAGAAUCAAAUAAAACCCAUUCAUGCCAAGGGUGUGGUGAAUCUUAAAGAAUAAUAUCAUUGAUAAGCAGAGGGGGGUGGCAGACUGUUCUUCCUUAUCAACGUAUGUCAUAAAAUCAAUCCAAACCUCUGCCAAUCUUUUACAUAGUCCCUUGGAAAUAUGUAACUGGUUGCUCAACUUUUCUAAUAAAGCAAGUUCCCAAACUUUGGAAUACUAAAAAGAAAUACUGCUUCCUUUUGGAUCUCCAGAAACGAGCCAAUGCUAAUAAUAUUCAUCUGUCAUUCUGGAGAGGGUUGGAUUUAAGUGUGCAUGUGCCCCUGAAGGAAAAUUGCUGGGUAUGAUUGACAAGUAUCUGAGAGGCCUGAGUCCAAGCCACUUGCCGGCUGAAUUUGUCCAUUGUUGGACUUGGGCCAGUAAGGUCUUUUGGUAAAUCACUGCAUUUUCCUAAACCUCUGGCGGUUGUAGAGUUGAGAAUGGUCAGGCCUUCCUGACUGGAAAGCCAUCACUUAAGCAGCAGUUCAGUUACUAUUUAAUAGAAAUGGCCUUACCUUUGCAUGUUCUCUGUAAUAUGAUUGUGUGACCAUUGCAUCCGCCUUUUCAGUAAUGCCUGUGACCACUGGAGAAACACUAUGUGCUUUUAAUGCUCUGUAUUGCUGCAGAUGGGACGCGGGUGGCGCUGUGGGUUAAACCACAGAGCCUAGGACUUGCCAAUCAGAAGGUCAGCGGUUUUAAUCCCUGCGAUGGGGUGAGCUCCCAUUGCUCGGUCCCUGCUCCUGCCAACCUAGCAGUUUGAAAGCACAUCAGAGUGCAAGUAGAUAAAUAGGUACUGCUCUGGCGGGAAGGUAAACAGCGUUUCUGUGCGCUGCUCUGGUUCGCCAGAAGAGGCUUAGUCAUGCUGGCCACAUGACCCGGAAGCUGUACGCCGGUUCCCUCGGCCAGUAAAGCGAGAAGAGCGCCGCAACCCCAGAGUCGGGCACGACUGGACCUAAUGGUCAGGGACCUUAACCUAUCGCUGCAGAGGCAGCAGCCGUCUGGGUUUUUGGUGCUUCUUUUUCUGACCUCCUCGCCUCUCCUGGGCACAUUUCUCAGCAGUAAGGGAUAGUCAGACAAGACAACAAAGAGGAGGGGAGGAAAGCCUGAAGUGUUUCAUGAGGCCUCAUCCUGAAAGAUGCAGGUUCAAUGGCAGUUCCUUUUGUGAGAUAGGCAGCCUGCCACAGGAGGAUUUUCAGACCCCUUUGCCACGCUUACCUGAAAACGAUGCAGUUUGCCCUAUGCAAAGCCAUGGAGAUUCAAGGCCAAGCAACGUCCUGCUUAGGACCUCUGCCUCAUUCUGGGCUGCAGGGAAGUUUGGGUGCAUCUCUCCACGCAUGGCAGGAAUGUAGCUCACAACUGUCAGCAUAGGCUCCCCACAAUUUCCAAAAUGGUGGUGAGUGGUUGAGUGAUGAUCAGCGCAUGGCAGGCUUUAAGAGCAUCAUUUCUCAACCUGUGAGUUGUGACCUGCCAUAGGGUGACUGGCUUUAUAAGUAAACCCAAAUAUUAAUCCCUUAACUGCUAUGAUUGUUUGUUUGUUUAUAAACUCACAUCCAAUAUUUCAUCAUGCAGGCCUCAGAGCAGCUCAUUUUAAUAAAAUAUUGCAGAAAUUUAAAACAUAAAUUAAAGCUACAAAAUUUAGAAUCUCGAGAAUUUAAAAGAAGAAGAAUCAGUUGGUUCUGAAAAUACCUUUGGUGGAGUUUUACUAGUAUUCUACUAGCCAUUUCUGCAUUUAUAGUUCCACUGCCACUCUUAAAACCGUGGCCACUUUUGCAGCAACUUGUGCAAAUACAUUGAAGGUUCAGCCUAGGAUCAGCUCCCUAAUAGCCCCUUAGUUAGCAAUGGCAAGGAUUGUCAGAAAGAAAUGUGGUUUGCAAUUAAGGUUCAGUCUUUAGAGGAGGCUGUAAGAUCUUCUGUAACAAUUAGUUUUGGGUCGUAGAGCCUGUUUGUAUGAUAACGAGCAAUUCCUUUUCAUAAGAUGUGAAGGGAAAAUAUUGUGGCUAAUUAGAUUCCUGUCAUAACAUUCAAGAGUCAUACAAGAGGUACAUUCUUUUAACAUUCAGUUAGAAGUUUUGCGCUUGAAUUCAAAAGACUUAGGUCUGGACCCUUUGUAGCAAUCUGAGACAUCUGCAUCAGUGGUUAUAAAAAGCCGGACUAUUUCAGUUGUAGUGCCCUUCCUAUGAGUUGCCUUGCUUAGAAAAUUUCACAUAGGCAUUUCUUUGGAGUCUUUUGGGUAAUUGGUAAAAAUCAACCUCUUUAGAAAAGCUUUUAUAUCUUUGAGGACAGUGGAUGACACUGAUAUUGAUGUUACCUGGCUUUUUGGUUCUUACCUUGUUCUGUAGGUGUGAUGUUUUGCUCUAAUGUGUAGAUUAAGCAUUCUCACCCCCAUGAGAAUAUAUAAUAUGCUGAUUUUGAAAAGAUAGACAUUCUAAUGUAAAUAGACGUUGUGAUAAACCAUGGCUUACCACGCAUAAAUGGAUCUCAUCCACUUUGUUCUUCCCUGAUAGAUCUGGGGUGAAACAAACCACAAUGCCUGAUUUAGUGUUUAUAAAUCAUGAUAUGUACCCAAGUUUGUAUGUUCAUGGUUUGAUCAUGGUUUGUUUGAGUAAAACAAACCACAGUCUGUGGUUUAGACAUUUGUACUGCUGAGUGCAGGAUCAUGGUUUCUUUCCUCUGCAUGCUAGAAGCCCAGAUAGGUAGAUUCACAUAAAACCAUUAAGUAUAGUUUACUGUGAUGUGUGAAUUGAGCCAAUUCUCUGCAGCUAUACAGCACAUGCCCCUCCAUAGAAACAAACAAACAAAAGCUCAGUUUAGGAAAGCUCUGCUUCGAAUGUGCUCUUCCCGCUGGGCAUCAAAAUAUAGAUAUUGUUGAGAUUUUGAUUAUUUUCAGCUUCUGAGGCAUCAAAACAAAUUGAGCUACAACAUACUAUGUUUGAAAUCAUUAUAUACAUAAAUUCAAUAGAGGUUUGACAUCUGUCAUAUACUAAUGAAAUGAUACUUUGCUUUCUCCAGAAAAGGAAAACCCACACUAAUUGCAUUAUGUUCAUCAGUUGUAAGAACACAUUUCUAUUUAUUGCUGUCCCUUCUCUCCCAAUCCUUAUGAUGCCCUCCUGGGGUAUAUACAGUGGCGGAGCUUCAUGCUCCAGAACCAGGGGCGGAGAGCAGGUGGGGACGGGGCUGGCACGCGUCCCGGGGGUGCGACGUGUCACCCAAAGGGGCCAGUGUGGUGUAGUGGUUAAGAGCGGUAGUCACGUAAUCUGGUGAACCGGGUUCGCAUCUCCGCUCCUCCACAUGCAGCUGCUGGGUGACCUUGGGCCAGUCACAAUUCUCUGAAGUCUCUCAGCCCCACUCACCUCACAGAGUGUUUGUUGUGGGGAGGAAGGGAAAGGAGAAUGUUAGCCGCUUUGAGACUCCUGAAGGGGAAUGAAAGGCGGGAUAUCAAAUCCAAACUCUUCUUCUCUUCUUCUGUGGGGGCUGGGCGUCCAGCAUGGCGGGGGGGAGCCGCGAUGGAGCCCCACUGGGAUCAUGCUGCCAGGGGUGAGAUGCUUCCCCCGCCCCCCUCUUCCUCCACCAGUGGGUAUAUAGGGUGCCACUUACCAUAUAUACUCGAGUAUAAGCCAACCCGAAUAUAAGCCGAGGCACCUAAUUUUAGCACAGAAAACUGGGAAAACAUAUUGACUCGAGUCUAAGCUGGUUCACCACACCACAAACCUGGUGGUGGCGGCAACGGCACAGGAAGAACAAGCAGCCCGACAGGGCUUCUUUCUGGUGCUCGUCCCUCCGCCUCUGCCGCUCACAAGAGCAGGUAUAGGAGCCGCGGUUGGGAGAGGCGCAGCGCAGCAGGGGCGGGUGGCGGCGGAGGGACGAGCGGCAAAAAAGGGCUGCUUUCAGGUCACUCGUCCCUCCACCACCACCACCUGCCUCACUCGAGUAUAAGCCACGGGGGGCUUUUUCAGCAUAAAAAUGUGCUGAAAAAGUUGACUUAUAUUCAAGUACAUAUGGUAAUUUGUGUUACCUAUGGGGCCUGUUCCAAUAGGAAGGAAGAAGGAUUCUAAUUUUGCAGUGAAAUUAGAUGUUAGGAGGGAAUCAGUGUGCAAACCCAAGGGCUCUUCAUUUAAUGCCCAUCUGUGAUUUGGCAUCACAUCUAAACUCAGCCUGAAAGUUGAUGUUAGUAAGAAGUAUUUAAUAAUAUGAGAGGUUACCAUAUAACACAAUUUUAUCUAGGAAUAAAAUUUUGAUGGAUUGCCAACUUUCUGUUAUCGAAGUGUUUUGGACUUCUGCAUGUUGCUGUAGAUACAAGCUCUCUUGGUGUGUAAGGAAUAUUUGUCUGACCCCUAAUUGUUGCAAAUAAUUUGUUCCAGGAAUGGUAAUGGUUGGUGCUAUGUACUUAACCUGUACUUUGUAUUUUAUCAUCAUCUAGCACAUUUUUGCAGUAUAUACUGCUUAACAUUUUUUCUGUAUUUUUUUUUUAAAUAAAAACUCUAAUCCUUUAAUUGUCUGUUUUAAUGCUUAAUGUUUUGCUGGAGAAUGUUGAGAUUAAAGCAGUGUGUGGGAUAAUGGUUUCUUGUUCUAUGUUCUGUCAGGGGUUCAUUUCUUGUGGCCUGUAGGCAACUGUUUAAUUGUUUCUUUAACUUGUGCAUUGGGCACAGUUAGAAAGGCAGUAUUAUUUUUUAUUUGUAAAAAUGAAUUAACUUCCACAUUUGAGAUUAGGUUAGGGCAGAAGCCUGUGAGGGCUACGUAAUUCUGCUGAGUUAUCACAAGGGGGCAGAAAAGACCCAGUGUUGCCUUCGCUUAAUCCUUCAUUUUGAAUAAGAACACUUAAUUUGGCAUUGUUUAACACUGGUAUGAAAUCAUUCUAUGUGAAUUUAGUAUACAGUGGCACAUGGUGAAAUGCUGUGCAUUUAAACAGGCUACAACAAAAGUAACUUUAAGUCAAACCUAAUUGCAACGCUCACAGUGCUUUGCUAUAAAUGCAGCUUAAUGCAGAAUUAAUUGUUCUAUUAUCUCUAAUGGAAUUUUAAAUUCAUACUAUACUGCACUGAGGCAAGGAAGUCAAAGGUUAAGGCUUCCAUGCUGACUACUGAGGGCAGGAUUUGACUGUUUUGCACAUUCCUGAUAUGUCACAUAUAAACUGAACUCUGCCUUUGCUCUGCACUCAGCCAAGAUUUUUUGCCAUCAAUUUUUAUUAUUUAUAUAGUGCUGCUUUAAGAGAGUUUCACAAGCAGAAAAGACAGGCUCUUAUCUCCAGGGAUCUUGGAAUCUACAUGUUGACAGUAGGGAAGACAGUCAAGCAAAGGAAGAGCAGAAAGGUGUAGAGGUUUGAGGAGGGAGUCUUGUUUAUUAAAAGGGCAACAGGAGAGAAUAAGAAAAGUCAUUUAAGAGAGGAGCUGUCCGGUGGCUUUGAACAGUAGAAUUGCAAGAGACAAAGUUGAGAACACUGACAUAGUGGGAGAUAAAAUAGGAAAAACUGUGGCAAGAACUUUGGUGGUAAGGAUAACACAAAAUUAAUAAAGAAUGACAGCCUGUGGAUGCCCCCAUCUUUUUAUUUUUACCAUGCCAAAGCCGUUUUUGGGCGAUGGGCCACUGAAAUCACCUACCUGCUGUAGUGUUAGGCCACUGCAAAAAGGCCCUCCAGCUGCGUGGUGGCCUGGAACAUCAUCUUUUGCUUAUUUUCUUCAAGCUUCAGCAGCUGAAAGCUGCUUUUGCUUGCUGAAAUUCAAAGCCUUUGGGGUAAUGACACGGACAGCUGUUUUCAAUACCAGAUUAUUGGGAAAUGACAGGGCUGAGAGCUUUAUUCCCAAAGAAUGGGAGUGCAAGAACUGACAAGUGCAAUAUGGCAGCUGGAAUGGAAGGAAUAGAAGUUGAGCUAACUAUAUAACACAUUAAAUUAUUUAUGCUUAAUCUUGAGGCGAUGCUUAACACAUUGUUAAUUUAGAGCCAUGUUGACAGGAUGGCAUUAAUUACACCAGUAGAAGGUAUCAUAUCAUCAGAAUGCUAUCCUUGGAGACCGUCAUUUUAAUGUCUCAUUUGUAGAAUGCAGGCUGCUGUGGCUGCUUGGCACAGUCUCAAAAUUUGGUAAAGUCUCCCCUCCCCCCUUUCUGGAAAGCCAUCUUGCAUUAAAGACCCCUAACUCCAGCAGUCUCAGAAGUGGCUUGUAACUUGCAACAAAUAAAAAGUGAAAUCUAGCACCCAUUUACUGCCCUUCAAACCGAAGCAAUCUGCUUUUUGUCAUAAACUCAUAACAUGCACAAAGGAAAGGUCUUUGCUUAGUAUCCUUCAAGGCUUGAGACUUAUGGCUUAACGGGUGGGAGAAAUCCUGCAGCUGAUUUGUACAUUCGUGAGGAUCAAGUUUUAAAUUCAUUCCUAGACCGUAUAACUUUUAAGUGGCAGGAAUGGGAUACAAUGUCUGGAUGCUUCCCCAGGUGGAAAAAUCUCAAUGCAUUAGCAGAACUUAUCAGUGAGAUAAAUGCAAUCUUCUCUUAGAUAUGUUGGUUUUCUGUGGGCAAGGAAACUCUCCUCUUCCCCGCAGUGAGGAACAUUCAAAUUGCUUGUAGGUCAAGGCAAGAAUUGGUGCUUUCAGGAGCAAUACAAACUCAAGAUCUGAUGGGAUGAGCAGAGUUUGGAACAGGUGUAUUUCUGGCUGAGCGUGGGGUCAGCCAGCGCCACGCCAGCUGAAGUCACUCACCCCGGCUCAGCCAGAGAUACACUGGCAUAUCUCCUUGAUCCCAGCUCAGCAGGAGCUCAUCCCGCUCAGCCAAGGCUGGGGUAAGUCAUGGACAGGGAGUAUUCCAGUAUAGUGGAGGGGGUGGGAAAGGGCAGGAGGAGACUUACCCCUAUUCUAAACUCUGUUCAGCUUAGUUAUAUGACCAGUGAACACAGCAGAAAUAGCACUGGCAGAAAGGGUGUUGUAAGUCAAACUAUUUCAAAGGCUUGUUUUCCCUCUACCAGAUUUGGGGGGCUCAGCCAGCAGUACCCCUGCUUCUGAACGGAACUUGGGACAGGGGUAGAUUAUGCCAGAAUAAUUUGUCCCAUAGUUUGGAUUGCUGAGCCCGUGAGCGAUUGGAGAGGAUACUGCCUGAACCAUAAUCUCUAAAAACCAAACUGAAUGUGACACAGAGUUCCCUGUCUUGCUUAGCUUUAGUAAGAUUGCUGUGGUCAAUAAUGGCAGCUCCUAGGUGGGUGGGUGACUUGUUAUUAUUAAAAUUUCUAUAUUGCCCUUCAUCCGAAGAUCACAGGACAAUUUACAAUAUAAAAACACAAAAAUACACACUAUAAUAGCAAAAACAAACAUAGGUUUAAAGGCAAUAGAUUGCUCUUCUCCCAGGCCUUUGGCUAAUGAAACAAUAUUUUCGUCUGGCACCUAAAGCUAUGUAAUGCAGGCACCAGGUGAGCCUCCCUGGGAAGAGAAUUCCACAAGCAGGGUGCCAGUGCAGAAAAGGUCCGUUCUCGUGUUGCCAACCUCUGGACCUCUUGCAGAGGAGGCACAUGAAGAGGGGCCUCAGAUGAUGAUUGCAGGGGCCAGGUCAGUUCAUAUGGGGAAAGGCAGUCCUUGAGAUAUUGCAGUCUUGAGUCGUUUAAGAUUUUACCUGUCAAAACCAGCGCUUUGAAUUGGGCGCGGAAACUAUUUGGUAGGAGAAAAGCACAGUUGAAAGGGAUUAAGCACUCCUCCCUAAUUUCACUUCCUGAAUCAAAGUAGCAACUCUAUGCUGCUGCUUUGAAAUUAAAAACAACCACAACCACUGCCAUGGGCCCAGAUCACCUGCACUAUCUCUGGUUUUCUUCCCUGUUCUUUUAAAACUGAAUUGAACAUUGUCUUUUCUUCCCUGUAGGUUAGGCCAAAGACCCUGAUUCCAGACAGCCUCCCUAUAUCUCCAUGCAGAGACCAACCUUCCAAACAACCUUCUGCGUUCCAAAAGGCAACUGUAGUCAGCAUCAAAAACCCCACACCCGCCCUUCCCACUGCCAAUAAUACUGUUAGCCAUGUACAGACACCCAACAGCCAAUCACAAAGUGUCACUGAGUCUACAACAACUGUGUCAGCACCCCUGAGCACCACAGGUGUGGCCUAUGCCAUCAUCUCCACAUCCCCCCAAAAUGCAGCUCCUAUCAACACCAGUACCACUGUUUCAGUGGUCAAUGACGGCAUUAAAGUGCAACCACUCCUCAUCAGCGCUGACAGCAAGGUAAGUUUCAUUAUUGAACUGCCGUUCUUAUUGCAGGUUUACUAAUAUAUUUAGCUGCAUUUCAAAAACUAUGCCGUUUCCCCACCACUCUUCUAGUGAAAGUACAGGAAGCUGUGUGAACUCUUCAGGAAACACAUGGAAAAUAAUAGCUAAUUAAGUUAUCCAUGUACUAGUGCAGGAUUGGAUGUUUGUUUGGGAGACAAGAUGAUAGAAAUAUCAGAGACCAGCUCUAUAGCUAUCGGCUUGGCUAUUUGGUUCAAAUGUAUAGGGUGUUAUGCUGCUUUGUGGGCGUGGUUCUCCUGCUGGGGUCGUCAGCUCAAAAUGCAGAAUUCUUCCCGGCGUCUAGAUACUAAACUUAGCCAUUGCAUCUCUUGUGCAUCAUCCUUAGUCCUUCUGUAGCUCCCUUACUUUAUGUACCAUAUAUUCCCUUAUGACCUUAACUGCUAUAAUGUUUCUUCAGAGCUCACCAUCUGAGUAACUCAGUUUUGUGUCAGUUUUCCAACACAAAUGUGCCUUUCUCAAGCAUUUUUCUCACCUCACCUUCCUUUUAGGUUUCUCUUUCUCAAUACCCUUCCUUCAGCCCAUGGCUUCAUUCUUGCAAUCUGGCUUCAGUAUUCACCUUUCCCUUUGUGAAGUUUAAUUUCAGCUAGUCUGACAACUUUCCUUUCUGCAUUUUAAGCUGGCUGCAAAGUAUUUAGUUCUCUGAGCAGCGGAACAUGCUGUACCUCAACAUCAGCUCAGUCAGUCAGUUGCACAAUGUAGAUUAACAUAUAUAUAACAACAGCAUCUUUUUACACAAAUUUCCCUUCGGUUGUUAACAUAGAAAGUCAAACUUUUUAAAUCAAACAAUUAAUUACUUCAGUAUAAUGGUUGAUUUUCAACUUUAUACUCCUGAAGGCAGCAUCAAGUAAAAGUUUAAACCAGUGAAAUCAAGUAAAACUAUACAACAGUAAAACAAUAACAGUUUCUAUAUUUCCCUCCAAGGGAAUAGUGGCUGAUUACCAGUGAGUGAAAAUAUUGUUCUGCCCUGUGGUGGGACCCCAUAAUCAGGCCUCCUCAAUAAACCUUAGUUCUCUGACAGGUCCACAUGGGUAUAUCCAAGACCCACGCCAUUUAAGUGGAAGCCACUGGAACUCUGUGUGCCUCACUAGACAACCAUCAGACCAACUUGUUCUACAUUAACGGAAUGCUCUGAGUUGUCUUUGAGUGCAAACCCACAAUGUACACAUUACAGUAGACAAGUCAAGAAGCUACCAAAGCAGCAAGGUCCUUCUCAUCAGUGUGUGCAGCUGACAUGCCAGCCAAAGUUGAUGACACACACUCUUGGUCAUAGGCACUACAUGAGCUGGCUCCUAAGCUCUGCAUCUUGGGUGACUUCCAGUGAUGCCCAUACACUUGUUGAACGGCAAUUGGCUCAGGCAAUGGAACUUCCAUUCUCUCUUCUUCCCUGUCCUGCCUCCUUCCCUAUGUGCCUCCAAAAAUUUAUCCAGAAGGUCUCUUAAUUCUCCACAAUGGAUUUUGGAAGUGUUUGGGGAGCUGGAGGAGGGUGGAGAGCAACGAGAAGCCCACUUGUAGCUUCAUGCUACAUUGGCUCUCAACCCUUGUUUUCCAUGUGGAAUAUGAUGGCAUGUAGCCAUCGUGUAAACAUAGAAUGUGUUCCACGUUUGCUAGAUGGAGACAGGGUUUGGGUUGCUUUUUUCACCCUCAUCUAGUCCAUUACUGACUGUUGCACUGGUGUCUGGUGGAAAGGAAAAACAGAGCAAAGUCCCGUCUUCCUGUUGACACCAAUCCUCAUCACUCUAGAUGACCUCUCUUAGCAGUUUUUUCAUACUUGGUAUAGAAAGUCCUGUUAAUGCUAGAGGAGUAAUAAUUGUCUUUCUCAAACACAGAGAUAAAUUUGCACUCCUAUGUAGCUCUGCUGAACUCAGCAAGACUUGCUUCUGAGUAAACAAGCAAAGGAUAAGCUGAAAUUGUGUUGUUGUGGACCAUGCCAUGGAAUUGUGUUAUUGUGGACCAGGACAUAAUUAGUAGGCUAGCAAAAGAGGGACCUGAGAGAGACUGAGAUGCUAGAUUUAAAAAGGAAACUAUUCUACCAUUUCCUUUUGGAAUAUUAAAAAUCAGGCUGGAGGUCCCAGUUUUGACAACUUCUGUGUUGCGGGGAGACCCCGUGGACCACAAUUCUGAGACAUGCCAAGUGAUUGAAUCAACUAGGUGUAAGUGAACAGUCUCUGAGAACGGUGCCUCUUUAGUUUAUAAUAUUUGUAAAGAUUCUGACAAGAGAGUCUCCAGAUCGUAAUAUGCCAGCUAUAUGAUUUUAUUGUCUCUACAAGAAAGUAGUUGCCAAAGGAGCCCUUUAUUUGAAGAUUCUGUUUCUCUGUUUGAAAAAUUGAAUCCCUUUCAGACUGUGGAGCAAUCUUCUUUUCAUUCACCCAUUUGUUUUGCAGGUCAUCAUCAUUCAGCCUCAAGUUCAAACCCAAACAGAGAAUAAAGUGGAGACAAAGAAAGCUCCUGAAGAGUCAGCUCAGGGACCCCCUGCUACCAAAAAGAAAAAAGAGGAAAGUCCAGAGGUUAACAAAAUCUUAUUUUCUUUAUAAACGUGAUAUUUCAUAUACAUAGAGAUGCUCACAGAACGUCUCCUCAGUCCAAAGGUUAAGCUGCUGCUUUUAGAGCAUACAGUCCCUUAUUUACUGACUGGGGGGGGGGGGAGGAGCUGCAACAUGCUUGCCUUAGUUUUAUUUAUACCUUUUGCAAAAUACAGUUUGUUACAAAACCCACAAAAUAUGCCCAGAGCAGUUUGUCCUUACUAGCCUUAGUUCAGUUUUAUAGUUCUGUGUUUUAACAAAGUAAUGAAAGUGCCCAUUUCAUCUGUGUUUAUUUACAUAUUUGUGUAAAACACAUUUUUAAAAUCCAGCAUGAUUAACAACAAUAAUAAUAAUAUUCAAAUAAUUUGUAAAAUCAACCUAAAACAUGAAUACAAUAACAUCUACAGAACCAGAAUAAUGUGCAAGACUGAGUAUUAAUAAUUGGAAAAAGUUUGGGCAAGCAAGUAUCUUUUUAGCCAGUGCCUAAAAUUAAUGACGUUUCUUCUUCCCUCAUUUUGGAGGGGCGGCUGUUUUGCAAGCCAGGUGUCUCCACAGAAAAGGUCUGCUGGGUUGCUGAGGACCUCUCCUGAAGACCUUAGUGCGUGGGCAGGCCUGUACAGGGAUUUUUAAGGAGGAGAAUUGGCUACAAAAAAGAAUAAGCAAUCAGUUUCUCCUUACUGUAUGACAAAUGGUUUGUGUCACACUCUUAUCGUUAUAAGAAGCAAUGGGAAGCAAGUGCAAGGAUAAAUGCACUUCUUUUUCAUUGUUCACUGAGAAUUUUCUGUAAUAUUGAUUAUUUGCAAGCCAUCUAGAUGGAUAAGACAAGGUUCAAUGAAUAGCUUGCAAAUGCGGAGAGGAGGGUAGGACUUGAUUAUUAAUAUAAUAAUAAUAUCAAGCUUUAAGUGGCGCUUUAGGUCAGAGAUGCGAAACCUGUGACUCCCCACCCCAUGCCAGGUGUUAACCAAACUGCAGUUCCCCUCGUUCCUGAUCAUUGGCCAGACUAAGUGGGGCUGAUGGGAGUUGGAGUCCAACAACGUUUUGAUGGCCACAGGUUCCCCAUGCCUGCUUCCUGUGAUGCAGCCAACGUGGUUGCAUACAUAUAGACCUGGUGUUAGAACUAUUAAUGCCACUUCAGUUUCCCUGCAAGAUGUUCCAUACACCUGAUUUUUAGUGUAGAGGUCGCUGCAAGCCAAUAAGCUUGUGGCAAAACAAUUCUCCUGCUCUUAGAAAACAGACCUGUAGAACUUCUUGGAAAUAAUACUUUUAAAAUUACAGGUAGUAAAUAGUAAAAUGGGACCUAAUGCUAUGAGAUAUGCAAGAGCAUUUCAGAGUACUCUAGGAGAUAAUAGAAUUGUACCCAAUUGUCAUUACUCAAGUUGAAUAAUAUUAAUAGCUGUCUUUGGAACAUUGCCUAGACAGAACAGACUUGUGCUCAUUUUUUCCUCUGUCAGCAAAAAAUACUUUACACAUAAGACUUGUCCAUAAAAUUGGGACGACUGCAUUUGUUGUCCAACACCAACAAUUUAUUCUUAUUUUUUUCAUGGAACAGUAACAGCAGAAAUGACUAUAAUACAGGAUUUAUUGCUUACCGUCUUGGGUAACUCUUUGUUCUUUAUGUUCUUCUGAUGGCAGUGGUGGCUGACCUGUGACCCUGCCAAUGGCGUUGGCCUGCAGCGCUCAUAAUUCCUGACCAUUGGCCCUGCUGGCUGAUGGGAGUUGGACUAAAACAACAUCUGAAGGGGCCACAGGUUAGCCACCCUGGUCUUGUGGAUUGUAAACUCUGCUCUAUUAUUUUUCAUUAUUAAUAAAAAUUCUUAAUAGAUGAUGCUCAGCACUGCAUGAGCAGACACCGGGGCGAUCAUAGAAUUGUAGAGUUGGAAGGGACCCUGAGGGCCAUCUAGUCCAACCCCCUGCAAUGUAGGACUUUCAACUAAAGCAUCCAUGACAGAUGACCAUCCAACCUUUGCUUAAAAAUCUCCAAGAUCCAAGGGAGCUCUUAAUGUGAAAGGUAUUCCUGCAACAUAACUUCCCUUUCCUCUCUGCCACCUCCCCAGAUUUGCUGCAGAGGGUCCCCCAGCUCUCGGGGGGGGGGCUCUUUUGGGGGGACAUGUGGGGAGGCUACAGGGUAGAGAAGGGGAAGUUGAGUUCCACCGUCAGACAAUCACAGUAAAGUAUUACCCAGUGUUUACCUAGAGCUUUAUGGCUGUUCAAAGUACUUCAUUUAGUCCUCAAAGCAACCUUCCUUCAGAUGAUUGCCUGCCUUUCUUACAUCCACAACCUUGCUGUUUCAGCACUUCUUCCAGUUUUUACAUAGCCAUUCACUGUAGAUUUAUACCUCUUAUAGGAUACUGACACUGUUGCUGUUUUGAAUGGUGCAUCACUGGGCCCCUUCUCAACUGCUUCAUUAAAGUAAAAUAUUGCGUUUGGUGAAGAGUUAUCAAAUAUAAAAGAGCACACGAAAGGACAUGCCUCACGUUAAAGAAACGUGACUCACUUAAUUUAAGUCUAUUAGAUAUGUAAGAAAUCUGCUCAGCCUUGAUCCUCAGUCCACACAGGUACAGAGCCUCAACACCUCUUUUUUCUGCCCACAGCAGCUAUUUUUUGCUGGCAUCCAAGGCACUUUUAUCCAUAUCUGAAUACUAGAAACCUCACUUUUUAAAAAACCAAAAAUGCACUGCUUAUAUAUCAUUUCCCCUUGAGUUGAUGUCAAAUUCUACUUACUUAUGUAUUUCAAAAUGAACUGCCCCCGAUAUUUUCUGUUACAUAGUUGCUUAUCUGAACAUUAAAAAUCUCCAAGUCUUGAGCUUUGAUUUCCUGUUAUUUCUGUAAACAAAGCCACUGGGGGAUGAGUUGUGUGGCUGUUCAUCUUGAAAGAACUGGUUGUGUUAGAGAGAUACAAGUUGUUCAGUGUGGGAGACUAGAGGAUUUGCCUAGCAGUUAUGCAAUCAUGGUAUAAAUGGAACCUCAACAAACACAGCCAACCUACCCAUCACAUGUUGCCAUAACAAUGCUCAUCUUCACCCACCUUUCUGAAAAUCAGCCUUCCCCCUCAUUGUAGUUUAACUAAGUAAACCAUUUCCCUCAUAUUUGCCUUUGUGUUUUUGAUCCCUAGACCCCUUCAGUUCAUUCACUCGCAUCAGGUAUGAGAUGUAUUUUUCACUGAGAUGCCAUUCUUUUUUGUGUGGAUCACCAGUCUGUGUUGUUUUAAUAGUCAUUUUAAAGAAUACAUAUUUUCUGGCCUUGCAUGAAAUAGCAUUCCAGGGUGUGGUUGGGAGACACAAUUGGAGAUUAAGAAGGUAUUUUAAUAUCAGUUUUAUUUUCAAAUUAGUUUUUUAUUCCUUUCUGCAUAUUAGAGUAGAACUGAUGACUUAACAGGAACAGUUCUGCUAGAAGAACCGUGUGGUUAUCAGGCAGUGCAGACUUGGGGCGUAAGCAUGAGGUCUGCUUCUGUCUUGCUUUCUUUGUGCACUAAAGAAAAAGUAUGUAUUAUAAGGCUCUGGGUUAAUUUAUUUUGUUCUUUGAGUAAGCUUUAGUUGAUUAACAUGCAUUUAUGCAAUUAGUGUAAUUAGAACUAACUGUGUAAUUAGUGUAAAUGCAUGUAACGACAACUAGAACAUAUAAUUACAACGUGAAAUGUUGUUGUCUUUUUAAAAAAAAAAAAAAAUCCUUAUUGAACUAUGCAAAGAGAGAAGUACUGCAGAUUCCUUAAGGCAUUUAUUGAUAUAUUUAGUAUGAACAGAAUUCAGAAAUAUAGAUCAAGAAAGCUUGGCAUUCAAAAGCAAAAGAAUAGGUAAGCAGUAACCUUGUUUGAAAACAGCAAAGCAGCUAAUGUAGGAGUUUGAGUUGGAUUUGGAGGAAGACGUUGGAUCCAGUGGCUCCUAGACAGCCUCCCAGGGACUGUGGUAUUGCAGCCAAAGUGCUAGUUGAUUCUUUAAUUGGUGUAAUGAAUGACAUUUCUCUUCAAUUAGGUUGUUAAGUCUUCCUUUCCCCUUGAGUAGUGGAGGGCUAGGUCCAGACAGUAGGCUGGCUCCUCUUUGGUCAUCAUUGAGAAAGAUGGGACAGGCAUGUUGGGUGCUGAUGCCCCUCCAUCAAUCAAAAAAAGUGCACAAGUGGUGCUUCCUUUUGUCCCUGACUUGCAGUAUCAGGUUAGGGACAAAACCCUCACCACAAAAGACAGAGACAGGCGGACACCCUACCAAGUCUCAGCUGUACCCCCACCUGAGUUUUCUGUUGUGCUAAUGACCUUCCAUAGACAAAUCCUUCCUCAUCUGUGCUUUAAUCUUGCUUUAUUAAAGGCAUGGUGACUUGAUGCAGUCAAUACAGAGAGGCAGUUCUUUGGGCAAUGCAUGUUUGCAGAAAUAGAUUUUCCAUAAAGUUGGUUCAAGGCAGCAAAUGUUCAGAUUUUGCCAUGGUUAUCACACCAUCCUGAGUCUUUUGAUUUUUUCAAAAAAAAGAAAAAAAAGAAAAGGUCAUAGCUCUUCAUCUCCAUCUGCAUUAGAUGGCUGGAUCAAUAGGUUGGUUGCCCCUAACCGGCUGCACAUUUUGCUUUAUAGCUUUAAUUUUAGGAGGGUUAGAGACUCAUUCCUCCCGCCGCCCCCAAAAUGAAAGCUCAGAAUCCAGGGGUCUUGCAAGUACAUUAGCACCUACCUCUCAGUGACCUCGGCCACCAUCUUCUUUCUCCCUCACGGACCAGUUUGUGGCCAGUCACCAGUGUUGGAACUGGUGCUUAUUCUAUGUACUCUGGACAUAGAACCAAUUUCUUUGGUAUACCUUCAUAUGAGACGUGAGCUGUAAUGUCCAAAGACAGCAAGUCAAGUUCUUGCUUUCUGAGAAGGCUCAUGUUGAACUUCACCAAAACUGCUUGUCAAUUAUCCAGUGAUAUAAAUGUCUAGACUCAGAUUUUCAUAUUCCAUUCUGCAAUAGAGAAUAUUUAAAACGAGUCUUGCUAGGGUUGCCAUAUGUCCUUUUCUUCAUGGGUAGAGUCGUCAUAGCGAUCCACAGUUAAAAGUAAAAAUCAGCAAAUGUGUCUUCUUUUUUGCUUUUCAAAAUAUGGCAACCCAACAGCUGGUGGUUGGGGUGAGGUCAGAUUUUUGAAUGCUUCUCUUAAAUAAAAAUCUCUCCACACUUAAUUCAGCAGGCAGCAGGUUAUGCUUCAGCUUUUCUCCCUGACGUGCCAGUCUUUCAUGUUUCUUCAUGGGGUUUUUUUUUUGGAGUGGAGGGUUAGAAUUGUCACUCCUCACAUCCAGUCUGAAGCAGUUACAUUCCAUUUGACUACUUCAUUCUGUUACACGUGUAGACCAGACUCUGUCCACUGUACUUGGGAUCAGACAGAGAGUUUGUUUUCCAUACUGCUCACUUUUAAACAUAGAAGCAGGAAACCAAUGAAACCGUAUGCACAAAUGCAGUACAGUGCAAAUCAAGCUUUCGCAAAAACAAAACUCUGGCCCAUCUGCACAUGUUUGACACUGCUUUGAGGAAUUCAUCUGAACAUAGAUGUUGUGGUUUUUUUUAUAGAGGACUGAAGGUCCUGAGUUAUUGAAGAGUUCAUGCUGUUAUGUUAGUCUUCAAAUGGAGGAAUUUGUAAAGCCCUAUGGUGCAACUGGAGUUCUUUCAGCAGUAAUCAAAGUAAUGUCUUUUUUUAUUUCUUCUCUAGAAAAUUGCCUUUAUGGUAGCAUUAGGCCUGGUUACGACAGAAUACCUGGAAGGUAAGAACGCUUUUAUUACUACAAAAAUGUUUUCUGUUUUGGGGGAAAGCAACUUCUCAAUGAAGGUUGGAAACUUGGAAACUUUAUUAUUAAAAGUGGGGGAGGGACUGGUCCUCAUGAAGUAAAGUAUUGUGUGUUCUUUGCCAGCUGGAGAUCUUGCUCUGAUGUUCAGUAAUGUAGCUUACAUAUAUAAUGUAGCUUACAUAUAUAUUUUACAUAUUACAUAUGUAAAGGGGGCUUAACCCUUUCCCCUCAUACCAUGAUCUCAAUGAUACUCACUUCUCAAAGCUUCAUCGGGACCAUGACACAAGAGGAAUGGGGUGACCAUUGUGAUCUCAUCCCAUGCUGGUGAUUAAACAUCCACCUCUGUCACAUACGCAGCAUAUUGUGUAACUUCUCUUUUAAAAUAUCACUUAAAUUUUCUAGAAUGUGAAGAAGCUGGGGUAAUAGAGCACUUCAGAAUGCAAUCAUGUCCUUUGUGAGGAUCCCCUCCUAUUGGUCUUGCUGUUUGUUUGUUUGUUUGUUUGUUUGUUUGUUUGUUUUCCUCAGAAAGGCUCAGAACUUUAUAGCUGCAUUUUUGAAAAUGAUUUCAUGCGAUGAUGAAUGGAAAUCUAAAAGCAGUUUACAGAAAGUUCUAAGUCACCAGCAUCCCUAAUCCUUUAAUGGCAAGAGAUUGAAAUGGAACUUGCAAAGCAACCGUUUUACCAAGAGGCUUGCGUAAUACAAAUUGUGUAGAUAAUAAUCCCACAACUUGCCCGUCUAAUCUUUUUUUAUGUCAGGAAAGUAAGAGUAAUAAUUUAAAGCUUGAGCACCUCUGAAUAAUAUCACUGACUAUUGCUACAUUGAAAAUACCAGCAGUCAUCCAGGACAAUUUUUCUCUUCUGUCAGGAGUUUAUUAAGGUGUUUCAGUAUCAAUAACAAUAAACAGGAAUGGGAAUGGAUAUGGAUUAUAAAUAUAAACAUCAGAACAAAGAUUUUUUUAAAAAUACAUUCUUCCUUUAGGUGAUACAAAACUAUCUGGAAGUAAAGAUGCGUCUAAGCUUGGUACUGGAGGGGUUGUUUUAACUGGGCAGGAGUCGGAUUAUCAGGUCACAGCAAUUGUAGCCAAAACUCCAUAUGCCUUUAAAUUUGUGCAAGAUGCUCCUUCAUAUGUUGAGAUGUGUAUAGAGAUGGAAAGGCCUGGAAAAACCCCGGAAAAAAUGAAUAAACAACAACCCAGGUUCCCCUCCCCCUUUUUCCGUUUCCCCUCAAAGCUGUUUUUCCCUGAAAAAAAUGGAAAAACCAGUUUGAUAUAGUUUGAAUAUUCAGCACAUUUUUUUUUUCAUUUUUUUCUGGAAAAAAAACGGCUUUGGAUAAUAAUAAAAAACGGGGGGAAACCUUGGUGUGUGUUUUUCCAAUUUUUCCGGUUUUUCCCCAGGCCUUCCCAUCUCUAUCACUUGUUCUCAAGAUGCCACUACCCAGUCAUCAAUAUCAGGUGGAGCAUGGGAUUUCCAAGCUCAUGUAGCCAGUCACUUAGUAACAAAGACUGUUCUCUAAAUCCAAGAUACAUCAAACUUAUUUAGGACCCAUGGAACAGAGUAACCAAACCAAGCACCAUAUGAAGAAAGCCAAUGCAGAAACUAAAUUCACCAAGUUCUCCCCUGAAGAGGCACAAAGCAUAGAAAUGCUCUAGUUCUCAAAAUCUGAGGGGCUUCGGGGAAACCAGAGGGACCUGCUAUUUGGGCAAGUCCUUUGAGACUUCACUUCACUUGUCCCUGGGAAGCCCUGGCAUUUCUUGCAGCAAGUCCACAUUCUGUGAAAUGAAGGAAACAGGCGGCGGUCAUUCAGCAGAGUCUGCUUGUCUGGUGGAACCAUCUUUCCUCUCCUCGCCCCACGUCCUGUGAGUUCUCCCAACCUUCUAGAGCAGCUUUGGGGGAGGUGUGGGGAGAAAAGAGGAGGGGGAAGCCCACUAGUGAAAUGGGUUGGUUGAAUUUGGCCCCAUCAUGUGUUUUUCCUCACAAGGCAAGUGCUGGGGGAGACACUUGCUGCGGAGGAAUUAGUAGGAAGGCGGGAGCACCUAACUCGUUGCUCACUCACUGAUUCUCCCCUGCAAAUGUUCCCCCCGUAAUAAAAUUUUCCCAGACAGAUUUUGAAACUGGAAGAAACCCCGCUAAGAGGAAGUGCCUAGUGGGUACAUAACAUCUGCACUGAAGACUUGGUUAAGCACCUCCUGCCAGUUUGCCUUACAAAUGUCCCCACCAUCCCUGCAUUUGUAUCAUCAUUUAUACAUACAUACAUACAUACAUACAUACAUACAUACAUACCUAUGCUUUUUACCUGACAGGGACUCAGGGAGGCUUAAAGAUUUUUUAAAAAAUUAGGUACUUGAACAGCAGCAGCAGCUGUUGACAUCUGCCAGCUGCCAUACAUUCUGAUGACAACAUAUUUCAAACACACAAUCCCUUACAGGGUCUAUGGGAGGCCAGUCGCUGAGGCCAGGUUCAGAAAUUUCAUCCCUUCCUCCAUUUGCCAUGAUAUGCUUUACAUCUACCCUCUUCACAAACUCCAACCAUUUCACUUCUUGCAAAAUACCUCUAAAAAGGCAAAGUUGAUGGCCAUUGUACAGUCUUGUAUAUUUUUAGUACUUAGAAUCAUAGAAUAGAAUCAUAGAAUCAUAGAGUUGGAAGAGACCACAAGGGCCAUCGAGUCCAACCCCCUGCCAAGCAGGAAACACCAUCAGAGCACUCCUGACAUAUGGUUGUCAAGCCUCUGCUUAAAGACCUCCAAAGAAGGAGACUCCACCACACUCCUUGGCAGCAAAUGCCACUGUCAAACAGCUCUUACUGUCAGGAAGUUCUUCCUAAUGUUUAGGUGGAAUCUUCUUUCUUGUAGUUUGGAUCCAUUGCUCCGUGUCCGCUUCUCUGGAGCAGCAGAAAACAACCUUUCUCCCUCCUCUAUGUGACAUCCUUUGAUAUAUUUGAACAUGGCUAUCAUAUCACCCCUUAACCUCCUCUUCUCCAGGCUAAACAUGCCCAGCUCCCUUAGCCGUUCCUCAUAAGGCAUCGUUUCCAGGCCUUUGACCAUUUUGGUUGCCCUCCUCUGGACACGUUCCAGUUUGUCAAUGUCCUUCUUGAACUGUGGUGCCCAGAACUGGACACAGUACUCCAGGUGAGGUCUGACCAGAGCAGAAUACAGUGGCACUAUUACUUCCCUUGAUCUAGAUGCUAUACUCCUAUUGAUGCAGCCCAGAAUUGCAUUGGCUUUUUAGCUGCCGUGUCACACUGUUGGCUCAUGUCAAGUUUGUGGUCAACCAAGACUCCUAGAUCCUUUUCACAUGUACUGCUCUCAAGCCAGGUGUCACCCAUCUUGUAUUUGUGCCUCUCAUUUUUUUGCCCAAGUGCAAUACUCUACAUUUCUCCCUGUUAAAAUUCAUCUUGUUUGUUUUGGCCCAGUUCUCUAAUCUGUCAAGGUCGUUUUGAAGUGUGAUCCUGUCCUCUGGGGUGUUAGCCACCCCUCCCAGUUUGGUGUCAUCUGCAAAUUUGAUCAGGUUGCCCUUGAGUCCAUCAUCCAAGUCGUUGAUAAAGAUGUUGAAUAAGACCGGGCCCAAGACAGAACCCUGUGGCACCCCACUAGUCACUCUUCUCCAGGAUGAAGAGGAACCAUUGAUGAGCACCCUUUGCGUUUGUUCGGUCAGUCAGCCAGUUACAAAUCCACUGAGUGGUAGCAUAGUCAAGACCGCAUUUUACCAGCUUCUUUACAAGAAUAUCAUGGGGCACCUUGUCAAAUGCCUUGCUGAAAUCAAGGUAGGCUACAUCCACUGCAUUCCCUUCAUCUACCAGGCUUGUAAUUCUGUCAAAAAAACGAGAUCAGGUUAGUCUGACAGGACUUAUUUUUCAGAAAUCCAUGCUGACUAUUGGUGAUCACAGCAUUCCUUUCUAGGUGCUCACAGACUGUUUGCUUAAUGAUCUGCUCCAGAAUCUUCCCUGGUAUUGAUGUCAGACUGACUGGGCGGUAAUUAUUUGGGUCCUCUCUUUUCCCCUUUUUGAAAAUAGGGACAACAUUUGCCCUCCUCCAGUCUGCCGGGACUUCGCCUGUUCUCCAGGAAUUCUCAAAGAUGACUGCCAGUGGUUCUGAGAUCACAUCUGCCAGUUCUUUUAAUACUCUUGGAUGCAGUUCAUCUGGCCCUGGAGACUUGAAUACAUCUAGACUAGCCAAGUAUUCUUGUACUAUCUCCUUAGUUAUUCUGGGCUGUGUUUCCUUUGCUGAAUCAUUUGCUCCAAAUUCUUCAGGUCGGGCAUUGUUUUCUUUAUCGGAGAAGACUGAGGCAAAGAAGGCAUUGAGGAGUUCAGCCCUUUCUGUGUCCCCUGUUUGCAUUUCACCAUCUUCUCCUCUGAGUGACCCCACUGUUUCUUUGUUCUUCCUUUUGCUACGAACAUACCCAUAAAAGCCUUUUUUGUUGCUUUUAACCUCUCUAGCAAGCCUGAGUUCAUUCAGUACUUCAUUGCGACUGACACACAUUUGGUACGGCUGAUUGCAAACUGGUUAUAUAGGCUACCAGUCUUGCUGUUCAGGAUGCCUUGCAGAAGUCUAGCCCUUCUUGCAGGUGUUUUCGCUUACAUGCAUAUGAAUGCAGCUUUUGCAAGAGGGCUAGCCAUUGCUACCUAUAGAAAUCUGAACUCUUUUUGUACUUUUAUAACUAGAAUACACAAAACACUGUGACUCCUCAAAACAUGACAACUCUCCUACACACUGCUUCAAAGAAGAAACCAAAGCAGCUCCUCAAAGUUAGCCUGUGUUAAUAUUAUAUUUUAAUGAUGUAAGUUGGGGGCAUAAAUCUGGGUUUCUUCACCUUUUUCUAAGCGAGGUUUUGAACCAAAUACGUCUACAAAUUCAGCUUUGAUAUUUAUAGUCUUUCUUUCCCAUUCUCUAUGAGGGAAACAAAGAAAACCUGCUGUGCCUUUUGCAACAGCCAAGAUACAAAACUGUGACAAGGAUGUCUUUGUCAAUGGGCAUAGAGGCUUGAGUGUUAAUGAAGCUCUUCAUUCUGACCUUGUUGUCCAAAGCUUUAAAAAGCUUAUAACUUACUUAAUAGCUCUGAUCACUGAAUUCUUUUGUCUGGAUGCCCCUUUAAUAGGAUACUAGUUGGGCUCUUAGUGUGAUUUGUUAUUGGGGUAUUGCUGGUUUUUGUUUUUGUUUAAAGAAACGAAUCCUUGUAAGAUUGCAAGCUGCUAUGGCUCCAGGAAUAUAAGGGUUGCCUUGGUAAAUUACAACAAGGAUUGGAGGGCCCAGUAGGCUGUCUCCAACCGCGGCUGACCAAAUGCUUCUGGGUCCUCAAGAGCAGUGCCUGAUGGCGAGGGCCCUCCACUGCUGUUUACCCCAGUGUCUGUUAUUCAGAGGUAUAUAGCCUCUAAUAUAGUUGUCUAGUCAGGUCUUCGCCAUCUUGUCUUCAGGAGAAGAAAAGGCUAAAGAGUAAACCCUACAUAAAUCUGGAGUGUAGUCUCCAAGAGGCUUGUAUGGCGCCUUUUCUGCCUCCUUCCGUCAACUCCUGCAGCCAAGCUGGUGCCAAGCUAUGCCAAUUGUUAUUAGACAUCUGUGAAUCUGUCUGAUAAUCAAAGGAUUCUCAUUUAGUAGCCAUUAUACCAGAAGUGUGGAACCUUUUUUCACCCCAAAGGCCACAGUCCUUCAUGGGUGACCUCCUGGGGGGCACAGCAGCCAUGGGUUGGGCCAGGGGCCAAAAGUGGGCAGAGCAAGAGGUGCAACACUUACCUUUAAGUGUAGGUGGCAUUCCAGCCUUACAAAAUGCCCACCCCUCCAUCCAUCUCAAGGACACAAUCUAGCCAGGCAAAAGCACUUGAGGGUGCAGAGCAGGCUGGUGAAGGGGGUGACCUGGCGGCAGGGGUGGCCUUGGGAAAGCUGCAAGGACCAGAUAAAGAAGGUUUCAGGGCCAUAUUUGGCUUCAGGCGUGAGGUUCCAGACUGCUGCGUUAAACCAUAUUGUGAAUUUCAGAAAUAACUUCAAACACAAAAUCUGACAAAUUAUCAGGGCCGCUGCCCAGACAAGCAUUAGAAACUAAACAUAAGGUCUAAGCAGACCACAAGCCAAAAGUCAUCUGACUAAUGAGUUGUAUCUGAAAAGAAUUGUUUUCAAAUGAUCACACACAUACAGAGAUAAUGUUUCAUAAAUUGAUUACAGAAAUCCAAAGCAAGCGUCAGGAGAGGAAAAGAAGAAGCACAGCCAACCCAGCCUACAGUGGGCUUUUGGAAACAGAGGUACAUCUCUUGUCUUGUCGCUCUUUCAUUCCCCUUCACUUCUGGUCCUUAUUCACGUGACACUAGAGUGACCACAGUAGUUUCCCAUUACAAAAUAAAAGCACGUCCCUGUUACAAAACAAGACUUUAAAACAGCAUAGCUGCCAUGGUUUACUGUAUUAUGAAGCUGUUGAGAGAAACACUUAGAUUGUCAGUGUUUCCCUGGUUGGGAGCGUGACAGUCGGAUCAGUUUCCUAGUGGCUUAAAUGUAUAGGAUAGACAUGAAUUUCUAAACCCAGUAGCAUCUUAACAUUAGCUCUGUGCAUUUGCCACCCACAACUCAAGCCUAUUUCAUGGGGAAGGAAAGGCUAAAUCUAUCCCACCAUUUGCUGUUUAGGAAAAGUGAGAUUUAGGGAGGAAGGGAGACUUCAUUGUUUUGAUUCGCUGAGGAUUGGUUCAAAUUGGGAUUGGCAAUUGCAAGUGAAAGUAGAAAACACUUUAAAAAGUCCCGUCCCCCCGUCCCCCGCCCAGCCCAGUAGUUUCUGAUGAGUGUUGCAUGUUCAAUAAAGCAACCUCAAUAAAUGUUUCCUGUGAUGCCGGUUUUAUCUAAUUCAGUUACAGCUAAUGAACUAGUAAUGGGAUCACUUAUUUCUUUUGUAUGUGACUGACAUAAAUUUAAUCUCAGCAGUUUUGGAGAAGUGGAAAUACAAAUUAUGUACAUUUCUUCUUUUCAUGCUUCUAGCAUAACAUAUGGUGAAAUACGUUGUGGACUUUAAAAAUACAAUUUCGUUAAAGAUCCACUUUUGAAAAGCACACAUUUAUGGCAGGAACUUGGGAAGAUGAAACACAAGGCACUGUUUCUUUAGGCUAUUUAAAGCUGACAUUUGAUAAUGACGUUAGCUGACAUUCAUUGAAAUAUUUAUUUAUAACAGUAUAUAUUGCCUUUUCUUUUGUAAAAGGCCCUGAUUCUCACAUCAGCAUAUAUAUAUAUAUAUAUAUAUAUAUCUGUUUAAAAAUAUACCUAUCCAGCUAAAACAAUGGGGUUUUUUUCUAACUCUCUUGCAUGGAAUUCCUUGCUAAAAAGUGAAUGCUCCUGAAGGAAGUUGUGUUUAACCCACAGAGUUAACACAGAAUACCACAACUGCUCCAGGAAAUCUCAUGUUAAUUUUAUUAUGGGAUCUCCCCAACACUCUGAUAUAGAAUCCCCUUUUUUAAAAGUAUGUAUGUGCAUAUUAUUGACACCCAUGUGUGGAUAGCUCCUGAUGAUGCCCUCUAAGUUGGACUUGGUUGUUGUUGGAAGAAAUGUCUUAGUCAAUGCUAUUCAUGUUAUCUUUUGCAGAGGAAACGUCUUGCAUCAAAUUAUUUGAACAAUCCCUUGUUUCUGUCCACAAGAGGUAAGAUCUCUGAAUUAUUGGAAUGGAAAUAUAGGUUAGUACUCCACACUUGAAAUAAUUACAGUAAAAUUGUUUUUUUAGCAUCAAUAAACAACAGGAAAAAUAAAAUUAAUUUUACAUUAUAUAUCUGUAUCCCCUCCAGAAGGAGUUCUGAGAGGUCAGAGGACACACCUCCUCUUUAUGACAAUUUACAUGAGUCAAAAAAGGGAGCUGCACUUUGUAAAAUUUACCCUAUUGAAGUUUAGCCCUAACUACUAGAUCUGUAUGCCAACUUUUCAGCUAACAAGGCAGAAAUUAUUUUGAGCUCAAAUAUAUGAAUAUUUGAGAACUGGACUCUAGCCUAUGAGAACUCAUGUCAUAAAAGUUGUUGAUCUUUAAGGUGCCCCAGAACUCCUGCUUCCUGAAAAAAAAAAUCAUUCUUGCUUCCCUUUUGUAAAUCCAUUUCUUUGGACAAGAAAUUCUAUUAGGUGUCUUAUUGGCCCAAAGUACAUAUAUUCCGCACCUAGUUCUAGAAAAUGUAGGUUUGUUUAAUAUUUGAGCUUUUAAUGCAAAUUAUACAGUAAAUCAUCCUGAAAAAUUAGAAAGGAAGAAAAACCCCUGAAAACUAUGAAAUGCACUGUAGAUUUAAAUAAUAAUUUUAUGUGCUCCUUAGCUUAGAUAAAGGCUGAGUUUUUAAGAUCUAACUUCAUUCAGUCUAAUGAAACUGUUACCUGUUUUGAAAAUGCAUAUGAUAUUGUUGUAGUAUCAUAGUGGGACUGGGCUUUACAACUGGCUAGUAGAAAAUUAUGGCUGAUGAAAAUGUAUGUGCCACUGCUUUGGUCUAACUACCCCAAUUCUGUGCGCUCUUGACUGGAGGCAGCACUGUGUGGUCUUAGGUAGAAAUUAUCCCAAACUCUGCUAGCUGAAACCCUUUUAGCAAACUCAUGAAAAUUGAACCCAAGAUUCUAUGUAUGCAAAGCAUGCACUGUACCCAUGGUAUUAACAACAGCAGCAGCAGCAGCAGCAUCAUACUGGAGUACCUAGACCAGCACAAUGUUUGAGCAUUGUGCAGCACUAAAUAGCAAAUUACUAUUUACCUCUUUCUUGCUAAUUUACAGGAUAAACUCAGUUUUUCUGUUCAGCUGCUGAAAAUAUGUACACAAUGCUAGUAUAGUCUACACUUCAUUCCCAUUUUUGCCCCAGAUUAAUAUUGUGGUAAUGGGACGCGGGUUGUGGUAAUGGGACGUGGGUGGCGCUGUGGUCUAAACCACUGAGCCUUGGGCUUGCCAAUGGGAAGGUCAGCGGUUCGAAUCCCCGUGACGGGGUGAGCUCCCAUUGCUCAGUCCCUGCUCCUGCCAACCUAGCAUUUCGAAAGUACAUCAAAGUGCAAGUAGAUAAAUAGGUACCACUCCGGCGGGAAGGUAAACGGCUUUUCCAUGCACUGCUCUGGUUUCACCAGAAGCAGCUUAGUCAUGCUGGCCACAUGACCCGGAAAAACUGUCUGCGGACAAACGCCGGCUCCCUCGGUCAGUUAAGCAAGAUGAGCGCCGCAACCCCAGAGUCAUUCACAACUGGACUUAUCUGUCAGGGAGCCUUUACCUUUACCUUUUUAAUAUUUCUAGUUUCUCGGGGCACUUCCAUACUAAUAUUUUUUGCAGAUGAUCUUCUCCCGAAAUCAGAAUAUUAAUCAGCUGCAGGUCAUGUGUUCAGGGGAGUUAUCCCCAUCCUGUUUCUAGCUCACACAAGGGUUGCUAUGAAAGACAGAACUAACAUUUAAAGCAUUGGUAGCUUUACAUUCCAGCUUGUUGCACUUCUGGUUAUCCCUGCCUUAGAUGUUUCCUUAGAGCAAAUGUUAGUACCUCAUUAAGGUGCUGCUAACCUGCUUGGGAGUAGGCUGGGCAAGUGUCUGUAUAGUCCUUCUUCCUCUCCUUCUCCUUCUCCAUUACCAAACCCUUUUUCAUUUGAUUGGAAGGCGACUGCAUAUAGCCACUCAUCUUUACUGACGUCUCUCUAAUUUCUCUUGCUAAGCUCUUUCAGGGAGAGCGUUAUCUCUGAUCUUGCGCAGCCCUGGCCAUGUGAAUGUCUUGCAUGCAUCACUUCAGUUAUUUGUGUCUAUGGGCAUGUGAGUGCAAUUUCACACAUUCAAUGUGAACAAACAAAAAGUGCCACAGUCCUAAGAAGAGGAAACAUACAUGAAGAGGGAAUGCAAAAAGCUUAGUAUAAGGAUAACCUAAAAAGGGGAGAGUGCAUGUAGGAUCACUUGGACAGACAUAGCCUGGCUGAUUAUAACCUUCUGCUCAUACAUAGUGUUCUUUUAUCAUAGCCUACCUAAAAUCCCACCAAGCUGGGGAUCUAAGCCCACUGAUCCUAACCUGUGUUCUGCCCUUCUUUCAUAAUGCUAGCCAAUGAGGAUCCAUCUUGGCAGGUAUGUUUUACCACACCUUGUAUAUUGCGAGGGAACAGGGUCUUCGUUUAAGCUUUUUUUAAAAAAAGUAUUGUGUUGUUGUCUGUCACCCUGGGCCUUUUCAGUUGUCACAUACUAGAGUGUACAUUUGUAAGUACUAUUGUCACUGCUUCACUGCUGUCCAGGGUAGUUUUGCCAAAAAUGCAGGCAAUGCAAUGGUCAGAGAAAUGACUGGAAGAACAAUACUCGGGUUCACACGUCCUCUGUCCACUGCAAAGAACAACAUUUUGUUUUUAUCUGUAUGCAGAAUCUCCCAGGUUCCAUUACUUGUCUCUCCUGGCUUUUUAAAUCUAGCAGAGGGGGUCUGACUGAUUUGUCCCUGCUCCCUUGAAACAGCCUAAAGACCCCUUUGACAGGAACAACUAUUGACCAGUCACAAAUACCCCCUUUAUGGGAAAGGUGGUGGAAAGGGUUGUGAUGGAGCAGCUGCAAGCAUUCUUGGAUGACACAGAUUAUUUGGAGCCAUUCCAUUCUGGGUUUAGGCCUGGCCAUGGAACUGAGUCAGCCUUGGUCUUCCUAAUGGAUGACAAUUGCAGAGAGGUGGACAGGAGAGUGCAACCUUACUCCAGAUUCUUGAAUUCUUCUGAUACCAUUGGCCAUGGUAUACUCCUGAACAGCCUGAAGAUUCACCACCGCAGUCUAGUGAUCACACAUGGAAAACAAACAGACAGCAAAUCGGAGAAUGCUAACCUUAGAUUUCAGGAUCCCAUCUAUCAAGCUAAAUGAUGCUUCCGGGACCACACAAUUAUGUUUUUCACAAUCACAGAUUCUUCCACAGCACUGUACCUACAAUCCUAUAUAGAUUAUGUGUGAUGUUGACAACCUUCAUAACACAGGCAAGUUAACAUGCUGACAAUAUGUCCACCAUAAACCAAGAGCCACUGAAGACAUAUCGUUAGCAAAAUCAGUUCAUCACCAUAGAAACAAAUCUCUUCAAAAUAAUUAUUUCCCUUCUGUUUAGAAUGAUGGCCCCUGUCUCCAAGAUUUUCAUGCUCAGGAACAAUGUGUAAUAGUUGGGUUGGUGCUGUCAGGCUUUGAUCAUUGAUAUGAAGUAGGAGUGCUACAAAUAUACUAAGGUCUCAUUUUCAUCUAUUUAAUUGGACUUGUUGGCAAAGUGGUGAGUUUAUAUGGCCACAGUCUGCUUGUGGAGAGCUCCUUCUGUAGAUCAGCUGAACAACCUGCCUCCUUGUGCUUUUGUGUUUCGCAGAAUGAGGUCAGCCAUGAUGAAUAUUGUUCAGCAUGUAAGCGCGGUGCCAAUUUGCAAUCCUGUGGAACAUGCCCCAGAGCCUAUCACCUCAACUGCUUGGACCCUCCCUUGAAGACUGUCCCCAAAGGGGUCUGGGUCUGUCCUAAGUGCCAAGAAAAGGUGAGAUACGCAUUUACACUGCAACUAUCCAAACCAGAUCUGGGAGUUGAGUUGUGUACAGAUAUAAAUUUGAUGAGCUCUGUAAAGGUUGACCACCAGUGCAGCUGAAAUUAGUCUUCACCAAGUCCCACUAAAAGUAAUAGAACUUAAAUAUCACUUACUUUUUAUAUUGAUUUUUAUAUUGAGUAACUAUGCUGGAUUCAGUCCUUUUAGUUGGUAAAGUAUCCUCCAUAUCUUACUCAUUUUGUAAAAAAUCCUAAGUCCAUUAGUACUGAUUUGCCUAAGGCUACACAGUAAAUUCACUAUUGCUCCCUGUUCUGUAAAUAUCCCACUGAAGUAAUUUUUGCACAGCAAAGUUUAAAUCAUUCACUUUUGAGUAUUCAGGGUAAGAGGAGAGAUAAUGUCUAAAUCUAAUCACCUGAGAAAUCCCAGGCUGCUCAUCUCCUGGAAGAACUUCCAGAAAUAUGGUCUAUGGUGUAGUCAGUGCAACUCAAUAUCAAAUAACCCACCAUCUUUAUGGUAAGUUGAUUUCAAUGGGAUAACUUUAAGCACAUGCUUAAGUCUCUUCCAAUGAAAUCAUUGAGUGACUUAACAUUAGCUUCGUAAUGAUAUCCUAUCCAUAGUAGGACAAACUUAGCCCCCCAUUCAUAGAAAAAUUCACUGUUAUCAGUCUAAUAUACCCAAGAAAGCUAUAACCAGCACCAUUAGUAUUAAUAUUGAUAUUAAGCAUAACACCACUUGCAAGUUAAAAAUAAUGCCUCCACUGAUAAUUUUCUCUUUUAUUUAUACAGUAUACAGUGGUACCUCUGGAUGCGAACGGGAUCCAUUCCUGGAGCCCCGUUCGCAUCCUGAGCAGAAUGCAACCCGCGUCUGCACGUGCGCGGGUCACAAUUCGCCGCUUCUGCGCAUGCGUGUGACGUCAUUUUGAGCGUAUGCACAAGUGGCGAAACCCGGAAGUAACCCGUUCCGUUACUUCCGGGUCGCCGCAGGACACAACCUGAAAAGAUUUAACCUGAAGCAUCUUUAACCCGAGGUAUGACUGUAACUGCAAAGAGAGUCAUCAGCGUCAGUAAUAGCCUACAGUAUAAAGCAGUGCCGACAGCUCAACACUUACUCUCCUUUAAAGAUAGAGCAGGUUCUACUCUAGACAUAAAGAACAAUUAACUGCAUUUGAUCCCCAGGCCCUCAUGAGAGGGGAUGGACCCCAAAAGCUGUGAGACUGGAAGCAUCCGUUUUUUCCUGGAUUUGUGAUAAGGGGACUGCAAUCCCACAUAGUAAUUCAUCAUGGUUGAGGAAGACAUAAACAUGAAGUUUUGGAAGACUUACACAAACCUUUAAUGCAUUUUUUUCAGCACUGUCAUGGUACACUUGGCUAUCACUAGAGGGUUAAGCCAUCUUCAGUGAUCAUGGAUGCUAAAGAAACUGCAUAUGCAAUCGUAUAAAUUCCCUCCAUUUGCUGACCAGUUCAUGCAACUUUCUGUUUGUAUGAUUUUGUGACUGCAUAUGUGAGCAUGUGAAGAAAUUUGGCGAGGUGAACCAGUCUGGUUGUAUUACAGAUGACAGUUGCUAGACUUACCUUGACAGAGAGUUUUGUUCUCUCUUUGUGGAAAGGCAAAAUAUAAUUUCUAAAUAUAUUUCCAUGCUUUUCAUUUUACAAAUCGGCAAACUAACUACUCUUACGGAGCUAUUACAUAGUCCUGAUAUAAUCAGCUUUUGAGGAAUAAAUUGGAGGGUGGCAAUUCUAAACGAUUGUAUGCAUUAUAACAUGAGUGUGCCCUUGACUUGUUUGAAUCCGUUAUUUCCUGAAAUUGUAGGUGUUAAAGAAAGAUGAAAAUGUGCCAUGGGCUGGAACUCUGGCGAUUGUUCAGUCCUACGUUACUCAUAAAACAGGUACGAACUGUAGCAAUUGAUUAUAAGAAAUGGUUUCUCAAGUGUCAGCAACUUCCAAAUGGAGUCGCCUCAGGGGGUGGAUUGCAAGGGUCUCGGAAAUAAAGCAUCAUCCGAACACAUCUGUACUUGUCCGAUGGAAGGGUUUCCCAAUUACUGUUCUAACACAUCUGAAUUGAGAGUUCACAAACUCGGAGGUGGACUAGGGUGGGUGUGUGUUUGUGUGUGUGUUGGUGUUGUUUCACAUAGGAGACAAAUACCGUUUUUCGUUUGUGGGUCAGAUGGGGGAAUUCUCACUAUAACCUUUCUCCUUGAAAGAGAGAAGGUCACAGUGAAUUGAGGCCGUCUGCGAGCCCAUUCAUGCAACGGCAUUCUAAUUAGGUGGGUGCUUUCUGUUCAUUGAUGACUUUGCUUUUUGUCCUUAGCACAUGAAAACCCCUUGAGUCCUUGAGCCCAGUGUAAAAUAUGCACAUCCACCACCACCCAUUAUGAAUAUUUUACUUGUGUCCUGUGACUUUUGUUGUUUUUACUGUACCUCCUUCAGACUGAGUUGUUAGCACUGUGUGCGCUUGUUUAUCAGCUUAACGUAUUUGACAGUAUCACCAAAUGCCUCUUCACUAGGUGGGUCGAAAGGGUCCCUCCCAAGGCAUCUCUUACACUCCUCUGUUACAUUUUUCAUCUUAACAGCCAUUCAUUGCCUGCUUUCUUGCCUUUGCUUCACAGUCAAAGAAGAGGAGAAGAGGAAGUUAUUAAAGAGAAGCAGUGAACUGAGGGGAGAACACAGGAAGCUAGAGGAAAAAGAACACUUUCUCAAUAAUGCAAUGAAGGUAUCGUUUCUGGCUUAUGGCUUAUCCUCAAAAAUUGCCCGGGCACUUGCUACUUUUGAAAUCAAGAGAAAUUAGCACAAGAGGACAAAUCUGAAUGUUUCUUUAAAUUUCUGGACUGCAGGUCACUGAAACCUUACCUCCUUAAACUUGACCUAUGGGUGUGUGACAGAGGGGUGGGGCCUCUCACCUCUUAAGUCACAUGGCAUCACAGUGGCAUCAGGUGGUAUUUAUUUUGCCUGUGUGGUUUGAAAUCGGACUGCACAGGCGGAAGAUGUGUGGGGUGCUUUGCGAGUGCUGACCAUCAGCUGAUUUGUAAGGCUUGUGCUCAGUGCCCAGGGAGAGCUGGGUACAAGGCUGGCAAAGCUCCAUGAUUGGCGCUUCCCAAGCAUCAACAAGCAGCGAAUCAGUGGUGCCUGAAAAGCCCCCUUUUGCCCGAGCUCUGUCUUUACCUUCCCCAUAGCUGGCAUCAAGUGUGGGGCAGGUGGCUAUGGCUUGGCUGAACCUGCCUCAUGGCCCAAAUGCGGGGAGCUCCGGGAGGCUUCCCUAUCCUCAUUCUACAGAGAGUAAAGAGAACUUUGCAAUCAAGCACAGGUAGUUGGACUUAAGCCCGACUACCUUUUCGUGCAUGCACAUGAAAGCUUAUACCAAACUUAGCUGGUCUCUAAGGUGCUACUGGACAAUUUUUUAAUAUAUUUCGACUGCGUCAGACCAACACGGCUACCUACCUGAAUCUUAAGCCCACUAAUUUCUGUGGACAUACAUGGUGGAUUGUGGCUACUUUCUUCUUGUGAGUAAGCAGGCCCCAGUUGGCUAAAUCCAGCUGUGUUGGCUAGCAGGCUAUUAGGAAGGUGUAGUGCAGCAGCUGUGCUAGUCCACCAUCAAGGAAGUCAUUAUGCCACAGGAUCAUUGGCAGAUUCUCUGAUCUGGAACUUUUGCAUCCUAGUGACUUUCUCUGAAACAUGAGCUUUGCACUGGUUUACAGCCUAAGGCUGCAGACCUAUGUGAACUUAUGUGAGAGUAAGUCCUGUGGAACUCAGCGACACUUUACAGUUAAACGGCAUAGGAUUGUGGUGUAAAUAAAUCCUUGUUCUUUGGAAGGUAGACCUGAGGUCUUUUCUUCCUCCUCCCAUCUUCAUUGUUUGUUCUCUGUUACUCCAGUGGUCACUGGAACCUUAAUCCCAAAUGCUAUACAUUCAGCAAACCAUAUUCUACAACACUUGUUGAAUAUUGCUAAUGCUAGUGAAGGAAUAACAUGUUUAAAUAUUUGCCCAUGAACAUGAGGGAGAAGUAGUAUGGGGGGCAAUUGUGACUUUCGCACAGAUUUUCAAAGAGCUAAGCCCAAAGCACGUUGCAAAAUAAAGAAGCUAAGCAGUAUUACAAAGGGGACUUCAGUGUUGCAGAUUCUUGCAGAUAAUUAAUUACGAAUAACACAGAUUAGGAAAACGCUAAAUUUCUACAGUAACAGCAAACAUGCUUUAAGAUAGAUCAGCUCUAAUAUUGGAGUUGUUGUUCUUGCUCAAAUGGGAAUUUAGAAGGCCCCCAUUUAUAGCAUGGGUGCACCCCACAAUUCAGAAGACCAGUGAGCAAUGUAUGAGGUUUGAUCAUCUGGUGUGUGUUUAUAUUUAUUACAUUUAUUUUGAAAAUUAGAAGUAGCAUUUGCAUCUGUAGCUAGUCACAUUUUGUUCAACUGCUGCUCUCAUUCAGGAGGGACACCCAUCAAUUUUUCAUGACAUUUAAAAGAAAAUGGGAGGCAAAGUAAUAAUUUAUUAGAAGGCAACUUAGUGGGGUGUGUUCCCUUUAACUGUGCAGACUUAGUAAUAUAACCAUGUACAUGCCUGAGUCCAUAACGACAUGGGCUGAAGACUCAAUAGAUUCCUCUGUAUGUGCGACUGUGUUAUGUUAGGUAGAGAGUAGAAUUAGAAAAUGAAAAGGAUGCAUACUUCAUUGUUCAGAUAGAAGUUUUGGCUGUUGACUGCAGCAAUGCAAUUCCACAUAAAGACCUCAACUGAUGAGAGCAAUCAAAAAUAUUAUGCUACAAAAUGGCUUGGUUCCUGAGGUUUUCAUUAAAUUAAAAUGGAGCAAUUGAGAGCCUAGAUCCAAUAAAAUGGAGAAUUAAAUUAAAAAGCAAUUGAAUUAAGUGGGACACAUAGAGACCGAGAGGUAAUGGGCCCUGCACUUUGCAGUGUGAAAUAUUACAUUGCAAAAUUUUAUAUUAAAGUAUAAAAUGAAAGAUAACUUAUUCAAGGAAGCUUGUGGGAGAUUGUGCCUGGAUAUUUGCCUUAGUGUUAAGAGGGGAUGCCUGUUUUAUAUUUAAAGUGAAUGCAUGCAGAUAAAUCCCAUUUUCAUUGAUACUACAACUUUUGUGCUCAUAUAACAUGUGAAAGUGAUGCAAGAUAAGAAUUUCUGUUGAUGCAUCCAAGAGCAUGCACACUGUAACCAGUGUUAAACUAAAUAAAGUUUAAACGGAGGAUAUUUCUGACUGGAUCUAAUAACAGGAGGAAUAUGUUUGUCAAUUACAUGCAUGUGUUUUCGUAUGAGGGUGUCAUGUCCAUUUCACUUGCUAAAAAUACUCUCUUCCUCCAUAAGGGUCAACAAAUAUUCAUGCCAAAGUGUGUGGACUAUAUUAAAUAAAUUCCAUUUGUAUGUAAACCGACAUCAUCUGUUCAGUCUAUCCAGACUGAAGGCACGAUCUUCCACAACCUUCCUUGAAUAAGUUAUCUUUCAUUUUAUACUUCAGUGUAAAAUUUUGUAAUGUGAUAUUUCCCCCUGCCCAACCCUUAGAAGAGCAAGUCUCCAUGCCAUAUCCCUAACUGCUUCUGAAGGUCUCUUCGCUUUCAGAAGUGAUUUGUCAUCCGGUGUUGGGAGUAGUGGGCAAGAGAAGCGGCCUUUUGAGAAAUCCCUUUGGGCAUGUAGAAUUAAUAGUGCGGGUCUUUGGAUUCCAGCCAAUGGAAAUAAAUAAAAUCAUAAAUCUUUGUAGAUUGUGCAUUAAUUCAGAUUAGAGAGUGGCUUUGACUAGAAUCCCCCUCUUCAAUCAACAUAAGCAUGCAUUCAGGCAGGGCUGGGGAGGGGCGGAUGUAUCCUUAAGCUCUACCCUUCGAGCCCCCGGCUUGCAAUUCCAACAGGAUGCUUCAAGGGGGGCCACGGUGCAACUCAUUUAUUUGAGCUUGCCCACACAAAAGCAUGUUUGCAGGGAGAGUGUUUUGACACCCAAUGGAAUGUGUUCUUACUCUUUCUUUCCGCCUUUGACAGAAGUGCUUAGAGCGAAAAAACAGCCUAUUGGCCCAGCAGAAAGGGGUUCAAUCAUCGCUGGAACGCCUCAAAACUCUCAUUAGACUGAUACAGAAUGAGCAGAUGAUUCAGGUUACCAUGACAACCACCACCACCUCCUCCCUGCUAACCGUCCCCUGGAUCAAACCGUCUUCUGCCUCAGCUGCUGCCGUACACAAAGCCUUGCAGCCGACACAGGGGAACAACUGACAGGGCCUGCCUGAAAACCUGGUUUUUCUUUUUUGAAAGAAAACAAAAGGUGAACUUUAGAUGGAUGCAAACACAAUAGCUGUGGAAACACUGCAGCUGCAUCGAGAAGGAGACUUGAGGGGAGGCGGGGGAACGGAAAGACUUUGUUGUCAAUUUUUAUUACACCAGGAUGUUGGGUGAACCACUCGGUUGACUUCGUUGGUGUCAUGGCAACUUUCUACAAAGCAGAUCCUGCUGCAGUUUUCUAUUGCUGAGAUAUUCUGUACUUAGGAUAUUCUUUCUUUCUUUUGUUGCAUUGGCCUUAAAGUAUUUAAUGGAUAAGGAAAAUGAAGCGGCAUAUGUUGGCCAAUGAGGGGAGUGCGGUGGUGGAAUGGAAUGGAGCAUCCUUGGGGAGGGAAGGUGGACUUUAAAAAGUUCUCAUUUUGAAGGGAAAAUAGUUUUAAAAGCAAAGAGAUAGUUAGCUAGUAUGCAGGUAGUGGGUAGGGGGGUGCAGGAAUGGUUAAUUGGUGACAGUGAAAAAUGGAAUAGCUUGGAAAUCAACAUGGAUUCCUGAUUUUUUUUUAAAUGAACAAGGUCUGCCACAUUGAUUCAGGUUGAACUGGACAAGGGGCUAUUUGAGAAGAAUUGCAUUUGUGGGACACUCACAGAGCCUUCAAAAUCAAAUCAUUUUUUCAGUAUUAUAGUUGAGAAUUACAGAUAUUUAAAUAAAAAUGUAUGAAAUUAGCAUUUCUAGUGAAAUAUUGAAGUAUUUUCAUGCUGAUGCUUCUUGUAUAUGCGUUCUGAAGUAUUUAAAGAGGUAUGCCUGUAAAACCCCUUAAUUUUGCAGGACCUUUCAACUUAUUUUGCUAUUGAUGUAUUUUUCUCAUGGAGUUUUUUGUGCAAGGUUUAGCAUAAACCAUAAUAGUGACAAAUAUCUUCAGCAGGUUGGAUCUUUAUUAUUAUUUUGAGCGGGGACGGGGUCAGAUUUUUUUUUAAAGAAAGAAAGAAAGCAAAUAAUCUUUUUUGCUGCUGCUUUUUUUUCCUGUCAAGACAGUACAAAUGAUAUGCCAAAAAACUUUACACUUUUGUACUGCAUUUUUAUUGUAAAAUAGGGAAUGUGAAAAAUGAUUAUUCUUUAUUUUGUUUUAUUUCACUUGCAGAAGUAUCUGCUAAAUAGUACAGGAAAUAAACUGCCUCAAGGGGUUGUUUCAUUUAUUGGAUGUAUCAGGAGCUGCGGGGGAGGGGUGGGCUGUCACAUUCUAAGUAAUCGGUUGCUUUUUGGAAAGCGUUUUCUUUUUAUAUUGUUUGUUGAUUUUUACCACAUGUGACAUGUUUAGCACUAGCCUGAGAAAAUACUGGAGAAUCUGCUUUACUCCCCCUCGCCUCUAGCUAGUCUUCCGAUGCAGCAAGCUCAGUCUGGCCCCAUCCGGCCAAGCGGCCCCUGCUGGUGCCCUGAGGCCUACCUCAGAAGUUAGCGGUGGACAAACCAGUUUCCCCUUAGCAUAACCUUCCCAUUCUGUAACCCUGUGAGGAGCACCAUAUCGGAUUCCAGGGGUUGGGGGAUUCACUCUUGAAUAUUCAGGAUGCAAUCUUAUACAUGUCUACUCAAAAGUUGGUGCCAUUGAUCCCCAUGGUACUUUUCCCCAGGUAAAUUUACAUAGCAGAAGCGAUAACCUCUGGUUUGGGGGGCCUAAUCUGGCCUCCAAGACAGUUUUUCUGCACCCCAAAGAUUUUGCCAUUUUUUUCAGCAGUGACAAACUGAGAGAGGGAGUGUGUGUGUGCUGAGGCGGGCAGAGCCCAACAUGGAUGAGGAUGCAAAAACCCCUCCCCAGGGAGGGGGCAGCAGCCUCUUUCCUCAGCUGAUCUGCAUGGAUUAGCUGAGGAGGGAGGCUGCAAGUGUGUAGGACUGCAAAGAGCCCACACUGACAGCUGGCAUACAGCCCCUGAAGGAUUGGCUAUGAGGAAAUGUGGCCCUCAGGUCACGAAGGAUUAGCCAACUCUGCUGUAUAGGAUUUGAAGUCCUAUAUUACAAAGUAGCAGUGAAUUUUAACAGCAUUUGUUGCAUUACUUUUAGUAAUUCACAAUUAUAGCAUCUUUCUCAAUACUAACACAGCGUUUGUUUGUUUGUUUGUUUGUUUGUUUGUUUGUUUUAAACAAAUGGAUUUGUGCCUUUGGCAUGCAUACCUAAGACGCAGACCCAUUUUAAAUAUAUAUAUGACAAUAGUAAGUCAGCCUGUAGAACCAGCGAUUUGGCCAGAAAUAUAAGUGCUCCUGAGAAAUAAUUUGCGUGUGGUCGAAACCUCAAGGAAGGGCGUAGGGUACUCUGCCCACUGGCCCUCUCUAAAUGUUGCCCCUGUGUUUAAGGAGGUCUGAAGCAAGAAUCCAUUUCUGCAUUCCACAGGUGAAGCAUCUCACAAUGGCCUAUCACACGGUGCCAAUAAAUCAAGGGAUUUGGCUUUUUAUUGAUUGAUUGGGGGGGUCGCCCAGCACUAGGCAGCACAUGGUCCCUUCAACCAUUUUCACAACUCCGGGAGAAACUGUGCAGUACUAUACAAAUCUAUUUUAAUACACUUAACACUCUGUUGAACAAGAUUUUUAUAUUCUUUUAUUGACAAACAAAAGUGAACUAAGUAAAACACGGUUGUGAUACAUUGGUUAUUGUAUGCCAAUUUAUGCAUUCGAACGUGGCUUGCAAUGUAAAUGUUUUCAGGUUUAAUGGUUCUUUUUCUCCUUCUAAGACGAAUUUAAAGAAAAGGGGAAAGCACAGAAAGUUGAUUUAAUGUGAAAACUUUCUGAAGUGUUUUUCUGGGACUGUUAAAAGUAGUUAUUUUGGAAAAGGGACUGUCCCGUGGAUAGUGUGCAUAGAAAACAAAGUGUUUGUCUUAAAUAUACCAAUGUAGUUUACUUCUUUAUGAUGAAUUAAAACUUGACUGACAGAUUUAAUACUGGUGUGGUCCCUGGAAUGUAUAUGCCUGUGCCGCCCUGAACAAGGCCGAAGGAUGGUGCUGGGCCCCGCGUUCCUGCCUCCCCUCACCAUCCAUGGCAACCCCCUCCAACAGUCCUCAUGGGAACUCUGCCCACACGGCAUCAUAGGUAAUGAUUUCUUGUUCAAUAGAAAUGCCAUUGUCAAGAUUUGGUUUUUCAUUCACCA